GUUUGCCAAGGGAUUUAGAAACAAACAGCUAGCACGGAACGCAACAAAUCAAGAUUUAAAGAGAUACAUGCCACAACGUAAGUUUUCUACAUUUAUUUUUCAUCUUUAAAGGUCAAUUAAAGGGGGGUUGUUUAACCCCUUAAGGACACAUGACGUGUGACAUGUCAUGAUUCCCUUUUAUUCCAGAAGUUUGGUCCUUAAGGGGUUAAACUAUGUUUGUUUGUUUUUAAAGAUUUACUGUGUAGUGGUGUCUUACUGCCUUUUUAAAAUCACAAAAUGCAAUUAUAAAAACUACUUCUAUAAAACAUACUCUUCCUGAUGGGGUGCAAAGAAAAAAAACUACUUCCAAAAAGGGAUAAUGCAGGACAGGUCCAAAUAAAAUCCUUGAUGGAAAAUCAUUUUUCAGGAAAGGAUUUUAACUUUUAUAUAUUUAGAUAGUGUGUCUUGUUGUGUAAAUGUAUAUUUUGUAUAAACUUACAGCAAUGCGACCAGGUCGAGAUAAAUUAUGUAAUUGUAACAUUCACAGCACUUCUCAUUAGGAUGUACAAGAAGGAUUAUUUUCAAGUGAAUAUUUAUUGAAUAAUCUUACAUAAUUUGUUUAAUUGAAACAUUAAAACAGAACUACUUUUAAUUAUAGGAAAAUUACUAAAUUAAGUUUAACUUUAAUAUUCAAUAAAAUUUGUGGAUCUUUAACUUCAUAUAGCUAACUCUAAAUUGAUGCAAAGGAGCAGAUAGACAGUAUCAUGGGAAGAGAUCAUACCAGAUGACUCGACGCUAGUCACUAAUGGGCCCGUGCAAUGACUUUUGGCAAGACCGGUGAAGAUUACACCCUGUUCCAAAUUAUUAUGCAAAUUCUAUUUAAGUGUCACAAAGAUUAAAUAUUUUGUUUUUCGGUUGAACUCAUGGAUGGCAUUGUGUCUCAGGGCUCUUUUGAUCACUGAAAACAAUCUCGGACACCUGUGAUAAUUAGAUUGCCAGGUGAGCCCAAUUUAAGGAGAAACUACUAAAGGAUGGUGUUCCACAUUAUUAAGCAGAUUACCAUUUUCAUGCAAUAUGGAGAAGGAAAAAGGAUCUCUCUGCUGCUGAAAAAAGAGUGAAAUAGUUUAAUGCCUUUGACGAGGUAUGAAAACAUUAGAUAUUUCACGAAAACGUAAGAGUGAUCAUUGCAGUAUUAAGAGAUUUGUGGCUGAUUCAGAGCACAGACGGGUUUGUGCAGAUAAAGGCACAUUGAGGAAUAUUUCUGCCAGAUCCAGGCAUCGGAUCAAGAGAGCAGCUGCUAAAAUACCAUUACAUAGCAGCAAACAGAUAUUUGAAGCUGCUGGUGCCUCAGGAGUCCCACGGACAUCAAGGUGUAGAGUCCUCCAGAGUCUUGCAACUGUGCAUAAACCUUCUAUUCGGCCACCACUAACCAAUGCUCACAAGCAGAAACAGUUGCACUGGGCAGAAAAAUACAUGAAAACUAAUUUUCAAACAGUCUUGUUCACUGAUGAGUGCCGUGCAUCCCUGGAUGGUCCAAAAGGAUGGAGUAGUGGAUGGUUGGUGGAGGGCCACCCUGUUCCAACAAGGCUGCGACGUCAGCAAGGCGGUGGUGUAGUCAUGUUUUGGGCCAGAAUCAUGGAAAGAGAGCUUGCCGGCCCCUUUAGGGUCCCUGAAGGUGUAAAGAUGACCUCUGCAAAGUAUGUGGAGUUUCUGACUGACCACUUUCUUCCCUGGUACAGAAGGAAAAACUAUGCUUUCCGUAAUAAAAUCAUCUUCAUGCAUGACAAUGCUCAUGCUGCAAAGAAUACCUCUGCAUUAAUGGCUGCUAUGCGGAUAAAAGGAGAGAAAGUCAUGGUGUGGUCUCCAUCCUCCCCUGACCUCAAUCCUAUUGAGAACCUUUGGAGCAUCCUCAAGCAAAAGAACUAUGAGGGUGGGAGGCAGUUUACAUCCAACCAGCAGCUCUGGGAGGCUAUUCUGACAUCUUGUAAACAGAUUGAAGCAGAAACUGUCCAAAAACUCACAUGUUCAAUGGAUGCAAGGCUUGUGAAGCUAUCAAAUAAGGAGUCCUAUGUUAAAAUGUAACGUGACCUGUUAAAACGUUUGAAAUAGCUUUUGAUUUCAGUAAAUAUGCUGCAAACACAACAAAUGACAAUUUUCACUUUUUUACAACCUAUAAAGUGUUUUGAAACUUACUGUGCGUAAUAAUUUGGAACAGUGCAUUGUAAGUUUUUUUUUUUUUUUUUUUUUUAAAUACAUAUACUGUGAGAGAAAAUGCGGUCUGGUAGUUGAUGGCAUAUACAUUAGGCCUGAGUUACUGAACAGCAGCCUGAGGUUUGAGAGUUAACCCCUUAGCGACCGAGGACGGUUCAGGACCGUCAUCUGCAUUUUUGCCUUGAGGACCGAUGACGGUCCUGAACCGUCCUAACGGUCUCCGUUACUUACCUGAUCGCCGUCGUUACCCCGGCGGCGAUCAGCGUGGCUCCCGGUGUGGGGAGACUGCCUGCAGCCCAGACAGUCUCCCCACACUGAAUUAGGACCCCCUGUGGCCAUGUGAUCGCUUAACAGAGCGAUCACAUGGUCACAAUGGGUGUCCAUAGUGCUGCCUGCAGGGGGACUGCCUGUGCUGACAGGCAGUCUCCCUGCUAGUGUAAAAUAAAAAAAAUAAAGUUAAUGUUAAUUAAAAAAUAAAUAAUAAUUAUAUGUGUAUAUAUGAUAUAUAUAUAUAUAAUGUCAUACUAAGUGUAUUUUUAUAUUAAUAUCUACUUAUAUUAAUAUAAAAAUACACUUAUUAAAUUACACACGUGUGUGUGUGUGUGUGUGUGUGUGUGUGUAUAUAUAUAUAUAUAUAUAUAUAUAAUAAGUAAUUUAAAUUAAAUAAAACAUUUUUAAAAUAAUAAUAAAAAAAUAAAAAAAUUAUAUAUCUAUAUGAAAUUUUAUUCUAACUGUAUUUUAAAAUUAAUAUAUAUAUUUAUAUCAAAAUACACUUAGAAUGAAUUUGUGUGUAUAUAUCUAUGUAUAUAAAAAUAAAUAAAAAUAAGAAAUAUACAUAUGUCCAUAUACAAAAUUACAUAAAUAAUUAUAUAAAUAUACACGUAGACUUCAGAUAUAUAAAUAUGCAUAUAUAUUUAAAUUCUACGUGCGUAUUUAUGUAAUAGUUUUACAUAAUUCAGUAAUUUUAUUGAUUGCAAUUUAAGGGACCUGCCUGCCAACCCAGGCCGAAAUUCCAGAGAAUUGAAUUUGCUAGCACUGUAUUUUACCCUGUAACGUUCUACGACACCCUAAAACCUGUACAUGGGGGGUACUGUUUUACUCGGGAGACUUCGCUGAACACAAAUAUUAGUGAUUCACAACAGUAAAACAUAUCACAGCGAUGAUAUUGUCAGUGAAAGUUACUUUUUUUGCAUUUUUCACACACAAACAGCACUUUUACUGAUGAUAUAAUUGUUGUGAUACGUUUUCCAGUUUUUAAACACUAAUAUUUGUGUUCAGCAAAGUCUCCUGAGUAAAACAGUACCCCCCAUGUACAGGUUUUAUAGUAUUUUUGAAAGUUACAAGGUCAAAUAUAUGGGUCAAAUAUUUUUACAUUGAAAAUGGCCAGGUUGGUUACGUUGCCUUUGAGAGCGUAUGGUAGCCCAGGAAUGAGAAUUACCCCCAUGAUGGCAUACCAUUUGCAAAAGAAGACAACCCAAGGUAUUGCAAAUGGGGUAUGUCCAGUCUUUUUUAGUAACCACUUGGUCACAAACACUGGCCAAAAUUAGCGUUCAAUUUAGUUUUUUUACUUUUUUCACACACAAACAAAUAUGAAUGCUUACUUUGGCCAGUGUUUUCGACUAAGUGGCUACUAAAAAAGACUGGACAUACCCCAUAUUGAAUACCCUGGGUUGUCUACUUUAAAAAAAAUAUGUACAUGUGGGGUGUUAUUCAGAGAUUUAUGACAGAUAAUAGUGUUACAAUGUCACUAUUGAUAAAUUUAAAAAAUUUAUGUUUUGAAACCGCAAUAUUCUACUUGUACCUAUAGCCCUAUAACAUGCAAAAAAAAGCAAAAAAGCAUGUAAACACGGGGUAUUUUUAAACUCAGGACAAAAUUUUGAAUCUAUUUAGCAGUUUUUUUAAUUCGCUUUUGUAGAUGAGUAAAAGAUUUUUCAAGUAAAAGUCAAAAAACAUGUAUUUUUUUCAAUUUUUCAUCAUAUUUUUUUAUUUUUUUUAAAUUAAAAUACAUGAGAUUAUAUAAAUAAUGGUAUGUAAAGAAAGCCCCUUUUGUCCUGAAAAAAACAAUAUAUAAUUUGUAUGGGAACAGUAAAUGAGAGAGCGGAAAAUUCCAGCCAAACACAAACACCACAAAAGUGUAAAAAUAUGCCUGGUCGCAAAUGUACAACAUCGCAAAAACAGUCCAGUCCUUAAGGGGUUAAAUGUACCAGGGAGAGAUGUUAGGUUUGCAAGAUGCAUCACUGGUACUCUGCAAACCACGGUAUGGGUCCCUGGGGCGGAGCACUUGGAGAGCAGGGUGGGCCAGUGCUCCAAUAGCACCAGCUGCUAAGUAACAGUCAUACCAGAACUCUUAUUUUGUUUAGUAGUUUCACUUAUGUCUAAUUGCACCUCACCUGUAUCUGAUCAAUUAUCUAGCAGGCUUUUAAAAACAAGGGAUUAGCAUGCUGCAGGGUGAGGAGGAAAAGCCAGAGGAAUGGUGUCUUGCAGUUAUAAUUUUUGUAAAUUGGCAAGUGGGAAAGCCACCCAAUUCCAGAUAGGGAUUUGCUGUGUGUAGUAAGUGCUCAAGCAAGAGCAAGGAAUUUUGUUUUGUUUAUUUUCAUUUUUGAAACACCUGUAAAUAUAUUUCACUGAAUAAAUCUGAAAAACUGAGCUGGACGUGUCCUGGACUUUCAUUACCCUAGAAAGCUGUGGUUACAAGAUCUGUGACAAAAUCCUACCUGGAAAAGAGGUGGUGUGUUACAAUACAUACAUACAUAUACACGCGGCGCAGGCCUAUGAAUAUGCAUAGGUAUUUGGGCUAGUGCACAGGUAACUUUUUUUUCUUUGCUUGUUUUGUAUGUAUUGUAGUUGAUGUGUGCUAUGGUCGUUGAUGCUGCCCAGGAGUAGUGGGAGUUUGAGCGCAGGACUUAUUUUUGAGCCUGGGCUAAAAACCAAAUACCAUACCCAGACACGUUUAGGACUAGCUGGAUACUUGGAUUGAGUCAGCCUCAGUUUAGAAGAACAUAUAACAAGAGCAAUCAGGUUAAACAAACAUGUCGAGGAGCAUGAUAAAGACACAUUUAGUUGCAGACAAGACGCUAUAGGCACCCAGACCACUUCAGCUUAAUGGCCAGGCUUAGCCCUUUUUUUCAGAGAAACGGCUAUGUUUAUAAAUGGGUUAAUCCAGCCUCUAGCGGCUGUCUGUUGACAGCCGCUAGAGGCGCUUGCAUGCUUCUCACUGUGAAAAUCAGUGAGAAGACGCCAGCGUCCAUAGGAAAGCAUUGUGAAUGCUUUCCUAUGGACUGGCUGAAUGCAUACGCGGCUCCUGCCGCACAUGUGCAUUCAGCCAAUGACGUUGCUAUGGAGGAGAGGAGGAGAGCUCCCCGCCCGGCGCUGGAGAAAGGUAAGAUUUUAACCCCUUCCUCUUUCAGAGCCCGGCAGGAGGGGGUCCCUGUGGGUGGGGGCACCCUCAGGGCACUAUAGUGCCAGGAAAACGAGUUUUUUCCUGGCACUAUAGUAGUCCUUUAAGUACUGACUAGGUAUAAAUGAUAAAUGGUUAUGUGAUAAACAAUUUUCCUUUCACAACCUAGACCAAUAGAGGACUGAACAAGUAAAUGAGCUAAGUCUAAAUGGAAUGAUAAUAGAAGAAAGAUAGAAAAGAAAAGACAAGGCUAAACCAACACAUUUCUGUAAACUUAAAGGAACUUGGCCAGUGGUUUGGAAGGCCAGCCUGCUGAUACGCAACUUGGCAUUCCUGGAGUUGUUCCCGUUAGUCGUAGCGCUGUCACUAUGAGGUCCACAGUUGAGGGAUAAGACGGUUGUAUUCUUUUCGGACAAUAUGGCAGUGGUAGAUGCAGUGAACGGGCUAUCAGCAUCCUCUAUCCCAGUGGUGCGGUUCUUCGCCGUUUUGUCUUGCUCUGUAUGCGUUUUAAUAUUGUUUUUCAGGCACGCCACAUGCCAGGACUGUUGAAUGUUAUUGCUGAUGCGUUAUCUCGUUCGCAGUGGGAGAGGUUCCGGCAGGUGGCACAUGGUGCGAGGGAGGAAGGGAUGUCUUGCCAGGAUGAGGUGUGGCGGCUCGGGACAUCAUGCUUUGCAGAUUGAUCAGGGACUCCCUGGCACCCGCUACCUGGACGGCGUACAGUAAGGUGUGGGGGGAAUGGGACGAGCUGAUGCAACAGACGGGGGUUCAGCUCUCAAGGGAGGCCCGGUUGGACGCGCUGUUGUGGUUACUUGGGUUGGGGUUGGAAUGCUAUCUGUGUUGAAAUGUUUCACAAAUUCUUAUGGGACAGGUUCCGGACAUAGUGGUGCUUCACGCAGGGGGCAAUGAUGUGGGGUCGUUACCUCAAAAGGUAUUGAUUGAGUGUAUGAAGAGGGAUGUGGACAAAUUGAGAGAGUUAGUGCCAGGGAUUAUGGUGGUAUGGUCGUAAAUGGUUCCGAGGUUUUACUGGCGGCAUGCGCGGAAUCCCUCCGUGGUGGUGAAGAUUAAGGGAAAGGUUAAUACGGUGAUGGCAGCGUAUGUGAAGCGGUUGGGGGGGGUUGUAAUUAGUCACAGGGAGUUGGAAGACAUGCUUCCAGUUUAUUAUAGGCGCGAUGGGGUCCAUCUCUCUGAAGUGGGCUUGGAUUUUCUAUUGCUGGGUUUCCAGGAGGGCCUCCAGAGGGCAAUUUUUUUUCCCUGGGAUGGGGGGGUGGUGUCACUCAAGAGCUCGAGGAGUCGAGCUCUGAGCUGUGGCGAGGGAUGGAGAGUAAAGUUGGGGGGCAGAAAAGAGUGAGAUGGGGGAAAAGUUCAGGGCUAAUAGGUAGGCCUUUGGACUGGUUUUGUAGGUUCGAGCUUGUAGGUAGCUCCGAACCGGGGUGUGUAGUGGUGUCUCGGUAUGCCCCUACACUUGUGGUGCCCUUUGGUGGCAAUGGUCAUGUUUCAAUGUUAAGUUAAAUGUUACAAUGUUUGGGUAUUAUGUUAUGUGGGGGUGGGUCAUUGUCAAGGGGUUAAAUUGUAAACUGCAGGAUGGUAAUUGUGCAGGCCAACGUUGGCCUGCUGUUGACAAUGACCUUUAUAUUUUAUGUUAAGAAUCAAUAAAGCUGUGAUAUAAUUUUGGGGUUUACGCAGAUGUCGACAAGGCAACCGUGCACAUGUCAUGUAGAUUUUGACUGAAACAAAGUAAAUUUGUGUUUUAUUCACAGUGAAUUGUUAUCCUAAAUAAGAAAGUUAGAAACAUUCUCCAGAUUAACAAUAAUUUUUUAAAUUAGACUUGUGUACUUCAUUUUAGUAAAAAUCUAAUUUCAUCCAUAAUUUGGCCGAUUUGGCAAUUCGGAAGUGUCUGAAAUUCUGAAUCAUCGCAGUAGAAAAAAGUAAUGAAAUUAACGGAUCUGAAAGCAAAUCGAAUUGAUUUGUUUAUGAUCUAUUCAUUUUGAUAAGUAUAUAAAAUUAGGGAGUAAUCUAAUAAACAACUGCAAAACUAAGUAAACAGCUUUUCUUAAUUUUGAUCUUUGAACAGCUUAGCAGAUGACUCCCUAAUUUGGUGCUUUGUGAUUACCACCUUCAUUCACUCCCCAUAGGGGUUAAUGGGCAUUGGAAUUUCUGAAAUUAAUCAUUUUUAAGCAUUUUUUUUCCCCCAUGCACACCUCUAGAGUAAAUGUUACAAUAUCGAUGUAAUGACAACUCAGUGUUUAAUAAUUAAUAAAUAAGUCACUAUUUAUCCACCCACAAGAACGAUCGUUGUUAAAUACAUUGGUUCUGAUCCACAGACCUCAAUAUAUAUCGAACAAAAUGACAAAGAAGCGUUUGCUGAUUGUGGGAAGGAUACGUUUUCUAUGUCUCCUCGUCUUGUCAUGCACACAUUGUCAAGGUACGUCUUGCGUUACAUGUGUUUGAAAACACAGGUUAAUCCCUCCACUAUCUGGACUACGAGGAGGUUAGCUGGUGGCAAGGAUUUAAGGUGGUAGUGGGUAAAGUAAGCUUAAAAGGGCCUGGCGGGAGUACCAAGGUGACAACAUAGCAAAUUUCACUUUGGAGAUUAAAGCAGCACUAAAUUGGAAACAUGUUUAUUGUAUGUUUUAAGUAUAUAGUAGACAUAUCCCCAAUGAAAACAUGCAUGCGUUUAAUUAUGCAUUUUUCAUUGGGUUAUAUUGAUUAAAAAAAACACAGCUUGCAAAGCUGCAGAUCUGCUGUCUGUAGCUUCUGCAAACCUUCCCCUUUUCCUCAGCACAGGCUUUCUGUGGCUGUCCAAUCACAGACUGCGCAAUGCAUCUCAAUGAGAAGUCUUUGCAAGGCAUGUAUUCUGGGAAACAGAAAAGAACACACAAUAGAGUAAGGGUUCGCCUAAAAUAUAUAUUAAAUUAUAUAUAAUAAAAUAGUAAAAAUAUAAAAUGAAAUGAUUAACAGUGGUCCAAAUAACUUAUCAUAAGUCCGAAAUGAUAGGUUCCAUGUGUGAAAAGGGAUUCUUGGAGUGUAGAAUGAAGUAAAUCUUCACGGUUGUAUGGUUGGAAUUCAAUGGAGCAUAUGUAAAAAGAGAGACAAGAACAGGACUCCAGUGGCACAGUAUAUAGAUGAAUAAAAUUAUAAGGUAGUAAUAAUAGUAUUACUCACACUUUUCAGAGCUACAAUCCAGCUCUGAUAUUGCACGCGUGAAGUGGAAUAAUCCCCACUCAAGGAUAUACGGAGUAAUAUUUGAUUGGCGAAUAUCUGGCACAGGUUCUGCGUCCAAAUUUAAUAUUGUUCGACCCAGAAAUAAAGGGAUAAAAUAUAGUGCUCUCUGUAUUAUGAAUAAAAAGUUUUAAAAGUAUAAAAUAUAUUACUCACUUUAUUUAGAGCAGGCUUGUACUGCUCGGUGUAAGCGCUUGGGUGGUAUAAUCCCCACCUGUGGAUUCUUUAAGCUUCUUGUAGGGUAUGCAAUAUUUAUGUAGUCAAGUAAAAAAGAGAAAAUAUGGCAAAGUAUUUUAUGCCAAAAUAAUUUCUUUAUUAUAAAGUAGAAAACAAUAUCUAAACGUGUUUCGCCUCAAAAGGCUUCUUCAAGUAGAUAGUAGUAAAAAGGGACACAACCUGACAUACAUGGGUUUAUAUAAAGUACAAUAAUACUGCUGAAAUUUGAAUUUCCCGCCAUAAUGACUUCAUCAGAAACUCAUUAUCAUAGUACAAAUAAAAACAGCAAUUAAAAUAUAGUAUUAUGUAGACACAAAUAACAUGAGGUAGGUGCAACUAUUAAAAUUGCAAAACGAAGGUUAUAAAUAUAUUCAUUAACAUUUUGAAAGUGAUCAUGUGACGCGCGGCUAAAAACACUUCCACUUCACGAGAUGCUCAAUGGAACGCAUGCGUUCCGUCUAUAUGGAACGCAUGUGUCAUCAGGGGAUGACGUGGAGGGGGUGGGCUGUCUGAAUGGAUCAGUAGAUCCUAAGGUAGAUUGCAAGGAAACAUAAAUCAGGCUGUCUGCCUGCACAGACAGGCAGACGGCCACAUCAGCAGCUCAAGCUCAAAGCCCGAAGUGGGCACCCACCACAACAGCACACAGGUUCAAAACCCAAAGUGGGCACCCAUCAUAGCAACAUAAAAAAAUACAUAUAAAAAAGGGAGACCUGGGAGAUAUAACAAACAAAACAGCUAGUUUUAGUGAACAUAUGGCAAAUAGAGCAAUAUGUCCACUAAAUGUUGAGGGUAAAAAUUUAAAAAGACAGUACAUAUAAAAGUAAAAUAAAUAAAAAAUACAUGUGAAAAAUAGUAUUGCAUAGCUUACAAGUUGGUAAAAGUAAUAAAAAUAAUAAUAAAAAGAUAUAGCUAAAAGGUUAAGAGAAUCAAAAUGAAUUAUUUUUAUAAAAAAUUAAAAAGAUCAAAAUCAAUAUUCAGCCCUGUAGGGGCAAGGGUUUUUAGAUUAUAAGCCCAUUCCAUUUCUUUUUUUUUUAUCUCCACCCCUCCAUGGGACAUUGCAAGUAUCUAUAGCGAUGCAUUUAAGGUGUUUUGGAUUCUUUCCAUGCUGUAGGAAAUGUUUUGACACUGAGUGAUUCUCAUAACCUUUUAAAAUAUUUCUACAGUGUUCAGCUAAUCUAGUUUUUAGAUCUCUAGUGGUCAUACCCACAUAUUGCAACCUACACGGGCAUUCCAGAAGAUAAAUUAAAUUUUUCGUAUUACAGUGAAUAAAAUGUUUUAUCUGUUAUGUUUUCUGUGUAAUUGUUGAUACAAACGAGGUAGUUUUAGAAUUAAUGGUAUCGCUAGUACGUUUACAAACUAUGCAUCUAUUGCAUUUAAAGAAACCGCUAGGUUUGGUUAAAAAGGUAGAGGGGCUAAGGGAAAAAGUGCUCUGUUUGUUUCGUGUAAUUACUUGUAAGGCUAGACUUAAAGCUGGGUGCCCCUCUAAAUAUAACUUGUGGUUUCUCAGGGAUGAUUCCAGCCAGAGUCUCAUCCUGUUUUAAUAUAUGCCAAUGUUUCUUUAUAAUCUUCUUCAUAACAUUACUUUUGUUAUUGAAGUCAAAAAUGAUUGGCAAUACUGGAGCGGUUUUGGUGUCUUUGUCUGUCUUGUAUUCUAAUAAUUCGGAUCUAUUUAUUUCACUGAUAUUUUUUUAGCGUUUGAUCUAAAUUAUUUCUGGAAUAGUUUUUUUGGGGGGGGAAAUUUGUUGGACAGUAAUUGAGACUGUUCCUCAAAAUCCUGUGUGAGGGAGCAGUUUCUUCGUAGACGGAGGAACUGACUUUUGGGUAUGCCUUGAAGCCAGGGCUUAUGACGGCAACUGGACACAUCAAUAACAUUGUUUGUACAUACUUUUUAAAAAAAGUUUUAGUAUUGAUUUGUUCAUUCUUGAUUAAAAUUUCUAGGUCUAAAAAAAAAUGGAUGGAGGAUUUACUAUACUUCCAAGUUAGGACAAUACCUUUAUCAUUUUGAUUAAAAUACUGUAAAAACUGAUUCAGAGAGUCUUCUGGACCAUCCCAGAUAAAAAACAAAUCAUCUAUAUAUCUAAAAUAUGUGACCAGGUUUGCCUGCCAGUCAUGCCCUCCCAGAAUGGCAGUGGAUUCCCAAUCUGCCAUAAAAAGGUUGACAUAACAGGGGGCGAACCUGGUCCCCAUAGUAGUGCCCUGUUUUUGUAAAUAAAGAGUCUAAAAACCAAAAGUAGUUAUUAUUUAAAAUAACAGGGCCGGUACAAAGAAUUUUGGGUACAUAGGCGAAUAUGCAUUUUUCUGUCCCCCCCAAAAACAUCUUCACCCAUGUGCCUCUUAACCUCCCUUUUGUUUUUCUUAUCCCGUCUUUUAAAUAUCUGACUCCCUUUAGUGUCUUUUAUCUCUUAUUUUUGCCUUUGUGUGUCUCCUAUCUCUCCUCUUUUUAUGACUCUUACAUCCUCCCACAUUUUGUCUUCCUCCUCCCAGCCCCUUUGUGUGACUCCUUUUCUCCCAGCCCCUUUGUCUCUUUUAUUCUUCCCAGCUCCUUUGUGUGUGUCUCUUUCCUUCUCAAGCCCCGCUGUGUGUUUCUUUCACAUCCAGCCCCUCUCCCCGUCCCUUAAUGGUCCCCUCCCUUCUCUGACCCUUACUGUUCCUCUCCCCUCUCUCCUUCUUUCUCUGUUCCUCAGUGUUCCUUUCCCUUCCCCCUCCUUUUCCUGUCCCUUAGUGUUCCUCUCCCCCCUCCCUCCUUUUCCUGUACCUUAGGGUAUCUCUCCCCUCCUCUCCCUGUCCCUUGGUGCACCACCCACCCCCAUAGUGGUCCCCUCCCCUUCCUGGUGUGCCUCCUACCUUUCUUGAAGCGUGGCUGAGCGGAGCGAAUCCCGGUACAGUGAGCUUUUCCUGUCAGUCCUGCCAGGUACAGGUAACAGAAGUUCCUGUACCACAGUACACUCCGCUUGGCCACGCUACAGUCAGGGGUGUAUAAGCACUGACAGUCACACACACUCAAUGACAAACACACAGACAUCUCUGACAGCCAGACUCACUUAUCUGACACACUCAUUCAUUGACAGACACUCACACGCACACUGACAGACACAUAAACACUGACAGACUCAUUGACAAACACACACUGACACACACACACUCACAGACACAUGUACUCACAUGCACAUACUGACAGACACACUCACUCACACACACUCACACUGACAGACACACAUACACACACACACACACACUGACAGAACCACACACACAAACUCACAUACUCACACACAGACACACUCACACUGACAGACACACAUACUCACAUGCACACACACACUCUGACAGACACACACACUCACAUGAACACACUCACAGUAAUUAAUAAUUUAAAUUAAAAUUUCCCACCAAGCCUCCCUACCUGGAGAGCUGGCGUGGGUCUCUCAUUGGUGGUCCAGUGGGGCUGCUGGGAGGCGUGCGGCUGAAUUGGAUUCCGAGGUGGCGAAGAAGCUCUGAUCUCCUCCCUCACAGGCUGUUUACUGAUGCCACGGGAGCUGGAAUAUCACAUCAUAUUCCAGCUCCCGCGGCAUCAGUAAACAGCCUGCGAGGGAGCAGAUCAGAGAAAUCAGAGCUCCUUCGCCACCUUGGAAUCCAAUUCAGCCGCACGCCGCGCCGGGGAUCCAGAAGGUGACCUGGCAGGAGGGAGCAACAUUCCUGUGACCGGCAGGAGUUCACAGGAAUGUUGCGCCCCUAAAGCCAGUGCGCCCUAAGGCGGCCGCCUGUGCCGCCUUAUGGACGCGCCGGCCCUGCUGGGAAAUUGCUGCCUCUUGAGUUUAACUCCACUCAGUUAACCAAACCAGGAAGUAGCAGGACUAGUAGUCUGACAGCCGGAGGGGUGUAACAAGGUUCAUUUAUAAAAGUACCAAUUUCUAUCGAAAUUUCUAUAACAUUGCCAUUCAGUGAUUUAAAUUUGUUUUGCUUCUUUAACCCCUUAAGGACACAUGACAUGUGUGACAUGUCAAGAUUCCCUUUUAUUCCAGAAGUUUGGUCCUUAAGGGGUUAAGUAAAUUGCAGCUACAAUGUGACUUUCACAAUGAUGUCAUUAAGAAGUAAAAGUAAUUAUUUAAUUUAUUGAAGUGAAAUGUGGAUAGUAAUCUGCUUUGCGUGAUCCAGCUUAGUAUCUUUUACAAGUUAUAUACCACCCAGUAUGUCAGUUUUUCUCCUGUUUCAAUGCUUCUAUAAAAAAUGUUUGAGAUGUUAUUCCUGCUCCCCUUUGCAUUCGCCCAGCUAUCUGUUGUGUUACCCAAAAACUGUCUCCUGAGAAACUAAUAUAACGAAGCUUAGAAAUACAAAAACUAACUUUCAGUUAUUGAAAAUGUUAGAAAGAAAAAAUAUAUAUAUGUUGUAAGAAAAAGUAUGUGAACCCUUUGGAAUGAUAUUGAGUUCUGCACAAAUUGGUCAUAAAAUGUGAUCUUAUCAUCAUCUAAGUCACAACAAUAGACAAUCACAGUCUGCUUAAACUAAUAACACACAAAGAAUGAAAUGCUGGCAUGUUUUUAUUGAACACACCAUGUAAACAUUCACAGUGCAGGUGGAAAAAGUAUGAACCCUUGGAUUUAAUAACUGGUCGAACCUCCUUUGGCAGCAAUAACUUAAACCAAACGUUUCCUGUAGUUGCAGAUCAGACGUGCACAACGGUCAGGAGUAAUUCUUGACCAUUCCUCUUUACAGAACUGUUUCAGUUCAGCAAUAUUCUUGGGAUGUCUGCUGUGAAUCGCUUUCAUGAGGUCAUGCCACAGCAUCUCAAUCGGGUUGAGGUCAGGACUCUGACUGGGCCACUAAAGAAGGCGUAUUUUCUUCUGUUUAAGCCAUUCUGUUGUUGAUUUACUUCUAUGCUUUGGGUCAUUGUCCUGUUGCAACACCCAUCUUCUGUUGAGCUUCAGAUGGUAGACAAAUGGCCUGAAGUUCUCCUGCAAAAUGUCUUGAUAAACUUGGGAAUUAAUUUUUCCUUCGAUGAUAGCAAUCUGUCCAGGCCCUGAUGCAGCAAAGCAGCCCCAAACCAUGAUGCCCCCACCACCAGACUUCACAGUUGGGAUGAGGUUUUGAUGUUGGUGUGCUUUGCCCUUUUUUUCACCACACAUAGUGUUGUAUGUUUCUUCCUAACAAAUCAACUUUGGUUUCAUCUGACCACAGAAUAUUUUGCCAGUACUGCUGUGGAACAUCCAGGUGCUCUUGUGCAAACUGUAAACGUGCAGCAAUGUUUUGUUUGGACUGCAGUGGCUUCCUCUGUGGUAUCCUACCAUGAAAACCAUUCUUGUUUAGUGUUUUAUGUAUUGUAGAUUCGCUAACAGGGAUGUUAGCAUUUGCCAGUGACUUGUAAGUCAUUAGCUGACACUCUAGGAUUCUUCUUCACCUCAUUGAGCAGUCUGCGCUGUGCUCUUGCAGUCAUCUUUACAGGACGGCCACUCCUAGGGAGAGUAGCAGUAGUGCUGAACUUUCUCCAUUUAUAGACAAUUGGUCUUACCGUGGACUGAUGAACAGCAAGGCUUUUGGAGAUACUUUUAUAACCCUUUCCAGCUUUAUGCAAGUCAACAAUUCUUAAUCAUAGGUCUUCUGAGAGCUCUUUUGUGUGAGGCAUCAUUCACACCAGGCAAUGCUUCUUGUGAAAAGCAAACCCAGAAUUGGUGUGUGUUUUUUAUAGGGCAGGGCAGCUGUAACCAACACCUCCAAUCUCAUCUCAUUGAUUGUACUCCAAUUAGCUCUUGGAGAUGUCAUUAGUCUAGGGGUUCACAUACUUUUUCCACCUGCACUGUGAAUGUUUACAUGGUGUGUUCAAUAAAAACAUGGCAACAUUUCAUUCUUUGUGUGUUAUUAGUUUAAGCAGACUGUGAUUGUCUAUUGUUGUGACUUAGAUGAUGAUCAGAUCACAUUUUAUGACCAAUUUGUGCAGAAAUCCAUAUCAUUCCAAAGGGUUCACAUACUUUUUCUUGCAACUGUAUGUAUAUGUGUGUGUGUGUGUGUGUAGAGAUUGUAGCCGUAUUAGUUCAGUGAUGUAGAUGUAAAAAACAGAUGAAAUUUGUAUCUUGUAAUACCUUUGCUUUUUAUUGGACUAAUAGAAUUUUGUAAUGAUAAACUUUCGGGAGAACCUCCCUUUCUCAAGUAUAAAGUUUUUCUGAGUAAAACGACACAUAGAAUUCAAAGUUGAGUUGUGAUACAGGGUCAAAGCGACAUGAGUGCAGAUAAGACACAGGUUUGUUAAAAUGCAAGAAUGGUGUCUAUUUUCUAUACUAUUUUCAACUUAUUUUGCUAUACUUUCUCCCUGUACUUUGAGGCUAAGUCAAGACAACAGGAACGAAUCCAACUAUAUCACAAAGAGGGAGAACAGAAAAUGUUAUCAACAAAAAAGCAAUUUGCUGUAACUGCUAUUAGUAUGUUCAAGAGCUUAAUAGUAAAACUAAUUAAUUAUCUUUUUUUUUAUUUCAUCUCUCGGCAACCUUGAUGAUGUAGAUAAAUAUGUUGAUGAUGUUCGGCUUGUAAUUAAUUUGUUUCUCAUCCAGAACUUCAUGUCACCAACUUGGAGUGUUUCAAUGACUAUGAAUCUGAAAUGUACUGUUUUUGGGAAUUAAGUAAUCCAAUAAUAAGUUGCAGUAGUAAUUUCCUGCUGAACUACACCUUCGAACCUCAUGAUUUGGACAGCAAGUGAGUAUCAGAUCUUUGAAAUCUUGUAAUAUAAAACAGGUGUCAAAAUAGUGUAUUUAAAGGGCUACAAAAAAAAAUAGUGACAUAUGCCUUGUAAUAAAAACCUGUGAGGGUUAUUGCUGGGACGGAGCUCCUGUACUCCGACUGAGUACCUCUGCCCAGUCCACUUCAUAGCUGAUUGCAGGGACCCUGGAAUGCUUCAGCCCCAGUCGCUGAAGCUUGACUGUGGUCUCUCUGGUGCUCUUCCACACACACCAGGCUGCAGCUCUCCUUCGAGGCAGGUAUCGCCCCCUCUGCCUAUUCUGCUGCAGCCCUCCUUCCAGGCAGGGAUCUUCCCUUCUGCCUAUUUAUCUGCAGCCUUUCUUACAGGCAGGUAUGUCCCCUCUGUCUAUUCUGCUACAGCCCUUCUUCCAGGCAGGGAUCUUCCCUUCUGCAUAUUUAUCUGCAGCUUUUCUUACAGGCAGGUAUUGUCCCCUCUGCUUAUUCCUCUUGGAACACUUGAGGCUCUCAGGCCUAGCGCUCUUGCUUGAUACCAGGGCUAGAGGGAUCCUGCAACCAGGUUCCGAAGAUUCUGUCCCUGGGAUUACUACAAAUCCACACAGGACACAAGUCCCAAAAGGAACUAACAUUAAAAAGCUUUAUUUUUCUUAACAAUGGCCCAUAUGUUCAUUACAUAUAGAUUACUGUGACAACUCAAUAAAAUUAAAAGCAGUCAAAUCACAUUAGACAACAUACAGGAACUUAUAAUAACAUAUUUAACAUUUUUAUAAAGGGGUGGGAAAGAGGAUAAUUAACAAAAAUGUCUCUCCUACCGGCAGAAUUAACAAUAUGCAAAUCUACCCUAAUAUUCAAAUUGGAAAGCCUUGCUAUUCAGGAAGUGAAUAUAGCUGUUGCUAGAUCCUUGCAACCAACAGGUGGCGCUGUACGGACUCCACAGCCAAAUCUACGAUAUUGAUUGCAAGCAUUAGCAAUACAAGAGAGCACAGUAACAUUUAACCCCAAACAACCAUAUUACACACACACACCCUGUACCCAAUGGACACGGGGUGACUUAAACAUAUGAAUCACCCAGAUACCUAAUUGAAUUGUCCAUCUUAAGCUCUGGGUGAUGGUGACUACAAUUAGUGGCAUUUAUUAUUAGUAUAGUGUAGACGCAUCAGUCCUGUCCCCCAUCCUGUCACCAGGAGGAACUGUUAAUACCCCUGACAUCAUCACACCAGUGUUAAUUUUGGCAGCAAAUUUCAAUUAGUUUUAGUCAUAGUCUUUUGACUAAAAAGCCAUGUUAGUUUUAGUCAUAUUUUGCCCUUUCCCCAGCCCCUCUGUGUCUCUUGGUGUCCUACCAGCCCAAUUAGGUGUCUCUCUCCCAAGCCCCGGUCUGCUUCUUUUGCCCCUUCAACAGCCCCUCUGUGCAGUGUUAAUUCUAUCGGCAAAUUUGAAUUUAGUCAUAGUCUUUUAAUUAAAAAGCAAUUUUAGUUUUAGUCGUAUUUUAGUCAUCUGAAUUGUUUUAGUCGACUAAAUCUCAAAUAUUUUACUAAGAUUGUUAGUUGACAAAAUUAACACUGCACCCUGCACCCUGCACAUCCCAAAGUAAAGAUAUUGAAUGAGGCUUGAGUUGUAAGGAUCUGACUUAUAUUACAUCAUUUGGUUAAUGUUUACAGAUAUGGUUAUAAUGUAUUAAGAAAGUGUGCGAAAGUAUAAAACAAAAGUAUUAUCCCCUGAACAUUAGCUAAAUUGGUAGCAGCAAUCAGUGCUUCACCAUACAAAUAUACUGUGAACACUUUUGGUCAACACAUGAUAAACAUCCAUUUAAAUGGCUUGAGCUUUUUUGGGGGUUGUUGUAUCGAGAUACACUAAACAAUAGAUUAACGAUCUUAGUGCUAUUUUGCACUAUUUUAUAAGGAAACAAGUCUUUCUACUUGCUUCACUUGUUUGUAGAUGUAUACACAAAUAUGGGAUUCAGCUCAGUCACUAUAAAAAAGAAAUGUAAUAGAUUCCUGUUCCUUGAAUGGUUACUAAUUCCAGCCAAGGAAGGAGAGUGGAUCAUUAUAGCCCUUUGGAGGUCCUCAAGGUGCUGAUUAAUCUUACAUCUUGUGAGUGUAAUCAUUAACCACUGCAUUCACUUUGUAUUACAAUACAUCACUAUGUGCUGUUUCAUUUCUUUUUUAUAGUGACUGAACUAUAUCCCAUAUUUGUGUGUAUAUAUAUUUGUCUAUAAAGGGGCGCUCUUGGGAAGCUAUACAACAUUAAGUGUUAAUAUCACACUCCACUUUUAUUUGAUGUAGGGGUGUGUUGUACCUCGUUUGUUUGUUUGUAUGUAUGAAUAUAUAUCUGUGUAUCCCUUAAAAUUCUUCCUUUGGAUUCCAGUGAUUUACCGUGUGUCCCUGAAAACAUGCCAUUGGAUGGCAUCAGUUUGGCUGCUAAAUGUAUCUGCCAUAUUAAUGUUUCUGAUAUUGUAGCUGCUUUGGUCUACACAGUAGAGGUUAAGUCAAAUGGGAAAUCUCUAAAGAAUUCAACUGCCCGUCUUUCACAAAAAGGUAACACUCAGAUUUUAUUUUAACGCUGUUCCACCUAAAUUGCUGUUAUCUGGCCAACUGCUGCUCAACCUAACUUACCUGCUGCUAUGAUUGCUCUAUGUGAACCUCCAGCUUCAAGCAAGCUAAGUUGAGCAGCAGUUGGUCAGAUAUUAGUAGAAUCAGACCCAACAUGGAUGCUCAGCCCGACAAAAUAAAAAAGAAAUUCUAAAAAAAAUAUAUAUUUCAUUAAAUGUAAUACACUUAAAAAAAAAAAAAGUGAAAUAUUGUCCUUUAAAAUUAAACUGGUCUGCUGGAGCAAAUCCUGGUGUCAGGAUAGUGGUCUGGUGAUAAGUGGGAGUCUUCAGCAUGAGUGGAUAAGUCAGGUUCUGGAGCAGGGUAACCGCACGCCCCCUGGUGUUGAGCACCAGCAUUUGUGCGGCCACAUACCAAAACCCUGAAGCAGCUACAGCGGAUCCCAGGAACAAGGAGCAGGAAUUAAGCAGACCUCCCAGAGCUGAAUAAGGAGGCUCUGCAGCAAGAAUGGAUCCAGUACAGAAACCAGGAAAGGCUAGUCACCAAACAUGAAAACAAGACAGAACUAAUAGAACCCAGAACUAGAGAAGGACAGUAAGCUAAACCCAGAACAUGUACACAAGACAUGAGGGAAACAUGAACAUAACAUGGGCAGGACUGUACAUGGACUGGGAAUACAAACUAAAACAAGACAUAUGAGAAGGAGAAAUAACUAAACACUAUAUAUGAAAAGCAUGGGAAUUUAGUUACAGUAUAUGAUCAUACAUUGCAUAAGCCUGCCACAAUGCCAAUGUACCCCAUAUCUGGUAGGUCCUACUCUGCCUAAUGUAUGCUAAACCAACCAACCAAAAAAAAACCACACAUAGUACUUACCUGCAAGAAAGGGCAGAAGAAUUGAGCAGCUGCCUUCAGGACACUGAAACAAAAGGAAAGAUGGAAAACAAACGGGUGUGGCAACAUAAAACAAACAUUUAAAUGAAUCCAAGAGACUGUGAAAUCCAGGGACAUAAUAUAGGAAUGAACCCAGAAAAACCCAGCAUAAAGAAAAUUAGACAUAGAAUAGAAAACCAAAAAACCAAGAAAAACUAAACAAGAAUUGUAAAAAGAGUACUGGAUACCAGAAGCCAUAGCCAGAAUGAUCCGCAGCUAGGAACAGGAUGUGACACAUGGUCAGAGCCAUCCAGAACGUGAGACCUCCUCAGUUGAGUUGAUUAGCUGCCACAAAUGAACUGCAGACAAGAGAAAAGGGACAGUGGUUGAACAGUAUAGGAUGACAGAAUCUUCUGAAAUUAUUAAAACUAUUUUAGUAAAAUGACCAAAACAAAGGAUAGACUUUUUAUAAAAUUUAAUACAAUGGUGUGUUUCUUUCGUUUGAAGACAAAACCACCAUUAAUUUCUCUAAACAUUAUAUCAUUUGACUCAACAUUAUUCUGUAACAAUGGACUUGCUGCCUCACCACUGUAAUAAUUACACAGUUACAUUUUUCUUUUAUAUACUCUUCAUAGUGAAACCAAGAGCUCCUACCAACGUGACUGUUGAUCUCAGUGAAUUAGACACUGUAAUAAUAUGGUGGGACCCUGGAUAUUCAGAGGAAAACUACCUGUACAAUAUGCUGUUCUUCUCUAUUCAAAUAACCUGCAAGAGUGAUCCAACACAGGUAAAUGUGUGUACACUUGUUUAACUCAUUAUUCAAUGGAGAUAUAACUAUUUUAAUAGCGUACAGAAACACACAGAGAAUGGGAAUAGAGGUGACAACUUGCCUUAUGGAUAGUUAGAUUCCCAAAAAUAUCACAGAUGGGUUAUAGCUCACUUGUGCUUGAAGUUAAACUAUUAAAUAUAAACCCUCAACAUCGAAAGGCCGUAUUGAGACAGUAAGAGAUACAGGAUUAGUCAAAAACCCCAAACCUCAAUAUAUGUGGACAAUAGUCUGGAAAUAUAUAGAGGCACUACAUGGGAGUAAGUUAACAGUCUAGCAUUUUGUAAUAUCAGCUCACCUCUAGUAUCACACUAAAUAAACAUUAGAUAUGUGAGGAAACCACUUUUUCUGACAAUAUGAUUUUUUUUCGGGACAGCCAAAUUAUGUUCAUAUGUCACUGUGGCUCAGCAAAAUUUCAAAAACCAAAUCAAGAGAACAAAAGAAGAGGGUGUGAAAAGGGGCCAAUCAGUGUGCUGCAAAAUAUAUAGAUUAUAUAAUAUUAUGUAUAUAUUUUACAGUACGCUGAUAGGAGCAUUUUCCUACCAUUUAGUUCACACAUCAAGUGAGAAAAAUUAAACAGAGAGAACAGGAGGAGCAGAAAAAAAAGCUAUAUUUAUAUAUUAUAUAUUUAUUAAACAUAUAAUAUGGAAAUAUAGAUUGUUUUACUGCGCUUCUAUGUUUCCAUCUAUUACACAUUAUUAAAUAAAAUAAACAUUUAGUGACUGUCCCCUAGCCAUCAUCUUUUUUUCCCAUCAAUGAUCUUUUUAUGACACGACGAGCUGAAUUCAAAAUCACAACCCUGAACCAAGCAUGAUCGGUAUUGCAUGGCUCAGUAGGUUCAUGAUUCAGGCACGUUUUGGGUCAGAGUUCGUGAAUUCAACCUAUCCCCAGAUUAGCCCAAAUUAGGCCGAAUUUCAGUUUGGCCCAAAACAAAUCUCCAAGGUCUAAUAGCCAUGAUGUUCUAGGAAGUGUUACAGCAGACUUUAUGAGAAGUUCUUCCAUGAGAAGGCAAGCAUGAGUGUAUAUAUAUUAAAAAUAUCGGCUUGGUAACAAGUGGUGCUUAUAGCACUAAACAGAUUGCUGCAUUCUAAUUUGAUGCAUUUAUCUUUUCAGGUUAGAAAUAUUACCCUCAAACAAAUAGAGCCAUACUAUACAAUGAAUAAAAGACAAUUGAAUAGAAGGUACGAUUACAUGGUUAAAGUUCGAUCCAAAGCCAACAAAGGCUAUAACGGGGUCUGGAGUGAUUGGAGCUCCGCAGCUGAGUGGCACAAUGGUAAGAUCUUAAAAAUUGGUUAGCUAGAGACAAAGGCUGUAUUUAUAGAGUAAUUCUAGAGCAGAGUUCUAAAAAUGUUGCAAUCAUAGCAAUAUAGUUUUAAAAAACUCUGAUAUCCAUCAAGGUCAUCAUUUUAUAUAUUUCGGUUUAUUAUGUCGAUCCUGAAGAUGAAAGAGAACCAAUUUAAACCAAUUUCUAAUUGUUCCACAAUAAGGAAAAACAUCCCUUCUUGGUUCCAUAGGCAAACUAAGUCAUAUGUGAUGAUACCACAUAUAUUAACUAUUAGAUUUUAAAAAAAAAAUACAUUCAGUCCUUUUAAAUAAUGUCUACAGAAUCUGAUAAAAACAAAUCCUGGAAGCAAAGAAUUUCAAUUUAUUUUUGUUCUUUCUGUAACUAAUUCCAUAGUCAAAUCUCCCUUUUCGAGAUUCACUGAAUGCUCACUGUUUGUACAGUCCUGUUAAUGAAUAGGUCUCCAGAGACCCAUGUUUACUAAGCCAGGUAACGAAAUGAUAUUUUCAGCAUAUUAAUGACCAUUUUAUACUAGCUAGCCUUUGCAGUUGCUGACUGACAUAGCACAUGGUUUUUGUUUUUAUAAAUCAAUAUCUUAAAACUAUCAUACAUAGUUAGACAACGAGAGUGAGAACAAGUCAUACAAUGACACAUAAGAUCAAAUGUGCUGUGUUCUUAUACAUUUGUCUUAAACCAGAGAGUUUCCAGUAUUCCACAAUCUGUUACGGUCAUCCUCGUCUCCAGAGCUCUUAAUGGUUGUGCUCAUCUCUUGUAUAUAAUUUGAUAAAUUUUUGUGGUUGUUUGACCAUUUGGAAACCCACUCAUCCCUGCGUAAUUGGAGUCAUCUCAUGUGCAAUAUACAUCAUGUUUACUGUAGAGUCUAGACCAGGGGUAGGCAACCUUUUAGCAGCACUAUGCCAAUAUAGGAUUGUGAUGUCCCGUAGCGUGCCGGUCCUAUUUUUUUAAAUUGAGGUGUGUAUGCUGCCGUAUUCUGCUUGUGUUGUUUAUACUGUAAUUGCUUUGUAUUGUUGUAUUUGUGCGUAUAUGAGCUAUUAUAUUGUAUAUGUUCAGGAGUAGUUUGUGGUAUCAUGUAUGAUGCAUAUGAAUGUGGGCUGUGUAUGGGGACUGCUUGUGGAAUUGUGUGUAUGUGAAUGGAUAUGUCACAUUUUGUGUUUGGUAGUGUGUGUAUGUGUGGGGGCUGUUUGGGGUAUUGCAUGUGAGAGGCUGCAUGCGGGGUUGUGUGUAUGUGGAUUGUUAGCGGAUUAUGUUUUUGCGGAUUGUAUGUAUUUUGCUUGUGGGCUGUUCGUAUUAUUUGUAUGAGGGGAGGGUUAUUGUGCAUUUAUGUGUAAAUCUAGCAGUGUGGGUGGCUUCCCUGGGUUCCAAUGGGGACCAGGCUGGCUAGGUACAGGCCAAGGACAGGAGCUGCAACAGCAGCUGCAGGCUGCUCUACUACAGUGUGGAUUCCCAUUCACAAGUGCUGGGAGGAAGUGAUCUGAGAUCACUUACUCUAUAUGCUGCAAUGCAUAAGUUGAGGAUUGUCCUUCACCACCUUUUCGUAUUAGCAGAUAUCUGAAGUUUCACUGGGACUCCUGAUAGGCCAGAGCCUGUUUGGCUUUAGCAGCCUUGAGUGCCGUGGAAAGACACCUUGAGUGCCGUGCAUGGCACUAGUGCCGUAGGUUGCCUACCCCUGGUCUAGACAAUGUAUCUACAAAUCCUUAUUAGCAGGGCCGUCUUUAACGCGGGGCAAACGGGGCAGCUGCCCCGGGCCCAGUUUCUCUUGGGGGGCCCGAGGCACCUGCCCCGUGGGCCCCGCUGACCCCGGCGGGCGAGUGGCCGGUCGGGCAGGAAGGCGGGCGCGCGAGGGAGCACUCACUGCUUCCUCUUCAGCUCCCUCGCGCACCGCACUGAUGCCGGAGCCGGAAGAUGACGUCAUCUUCCGGCACCGGCAUCCCUACGCGGCACGCGAGGGAGCUGAAGAGGAAGCAGUGAGUGCUCCCUUGCGCGCCCGCCUUCCUGCCCGACCGGCCACCCGUCCAGCAGCACCACUGGACCCCAGGGAAUCCCCCCAGCACUCCAAAAGGUAAGGAGGCUGGGGGGAUUACAUUUAAAAAAAAAAUGUGUUUGUGUGAAUGUGUGUGUUAGUGUAUGUGUUUGUGUGUUAGUGUUUGUGUGUUAGUGUUUGUGUGUUAGUGUUUGUGUGUUAGUGUUUGUGUGUUAGUGUAUGUGUUAGUGUAUGUGUUAGUGUAUGUGUGUUAGUGUAUGUGUGUUAGUGUAUGUGUGUUAGUGUAUGUGUGUUAGUGUAUGUGUGUUAGUGUAUGUGUGUUAGUGUAUGUGUGUUAGUGUAUGUGUGUUUGUGUAUGUGUGUUUGUGUUUGUGUUAGUGUGUGUUAGUGUGUGUUUGUUAGUGUAUCUGUGUGUGUGUGUGUGUUAGUGUAUCUGUGUGUUAGUGUGUGUGUUAGUGUAUGUGUGUCAGUUUGUCUGUGUGUGUGUCAGUAUAUAUGUGUGUCAGUAUGUGUGUGCGUCAGUAUGUCUGUUAGUGCAUGUGUAUGCAUGUGUCAGUAUAUCUGUCUGUGUGUGUCAGUAUAUCUGUCUGUGUGCCAGUAUGUCUGUGUGUGUGUGUGUGUGUCAGUAUAUCAGUGUGUGUGUGUGUGUCAGUAUUUCUCAGUGUAUGUGGGUGUCAGUAUAUCUGUCAGUGUGUGGGUGUCAGUAUAUCUGUCAGUGUGUGGGUGUCAGUAUUUCGAUCAGUGUAUGUGUCUGUGUGUGUGUGUGUGUGUGUGUGUGUGUGUCAGUAUGUCGGUAUAUGUGUCUGUGUGUCAGUAUGUCUGUAUAUGUGCCUGUGUCAGUAUGUCUGUCAGUGCGUCUACCAGUGUAUGUGUCUGUGUGUGUGUCAAUAUAUGUACCUGUGUCAGUGUGUCUGUCAGUGUAUGUGCCUGUUUAUCUGUAUGUAGUCAGUGUAUGUAUCUGUGUAUCUGCUUGUGCGUCAGAGUGUGUACCUGUGCAUCUGAGCCGCAACUUUAAAUACAAAUACACCCCUCCAUUCAAACUUCAACACUACAUAUAAAACACACUCCUGCAUUGAAACGUCAACACUACAUACAAGCACACUCCUACAUUCAAAAACAAACACUACACAUAAAUGCACACUUGCAUUCAAACUCCAGUACCACAUACAAACACAUUCACACAAACAUACUCCAUACAAACACAUGCUUACAUUCAAACAUACUAACAUGGCUCAGUGCUAAAUACAACCCUGCAAGCAUGGGAAAUUGGUAGAGUCCCAGCUGUCAAAGCAUUGUUGGAGUUGCACGACAGAUGGGGUUCUACCUUUAGUCCAACCUUGCAAUUGGGGGUCCCAAUAAAAUUCAUUCUACUUUAGUACUGCCACUGCGUUGGGAUAGAUGCCGUGAUUGCAUACCAGGGAGUGAGGGGCGAGAGCGGCAGGGCACAGGGGGCCCAAGCAAACACUUGCCCAGGGUCCAUUCGUUAUUAAAGACGGCCCUGCUUAUUAGCUUUCAGUAACCAAAAAGUUAAUACGCUCAGUCAGAAGAAGAUUGCACAUGGGACUUCUAACCCUCCAGAUUGCUCAGUAUUUAUUACUCCCUUUAAGAAAACUGAGAAAUCCAACAAGAUUUGGAAAUUAGUGAGAGAAUUAAUGAGUGAGAUGAGUGACAGAAUUGGGUGGCCCCUGUCCCCCACGCUCCUUGCCAAAUUAGCCUCUUCGGGUAGUUGCUCCUGUUGAACAUAGCACAUUGUUGCCCAGUCUUUUGUCUGUAUCUGUUCCCAUUUAACCAUAUCCACCUUAAUAAAAUGGUCCAAUUUUGUAAAUUUGAUUAUAACUUUUUUUUUUUUUUAAUGGUAUAGGAUUAAGUACAUUAAUUAUAAAUGGCUUUAAUAUUGUAGCAAUAUAUUCCAAGUGUUCACAAUGAUCUUUAUUACGUGGCAGCCUUUUUUGGUUUUACUGCAUUAUUACAUCAUUAUUACAUCAUUAUAGCAGUAAUAUUUACUAUAUCUAUUACUUUGCACGUCCGCGAGAUGUACCAAAAAUUCAGGUUUUAUAAUUUCGAUAAUUUGAACAAAGCGCAAAACAUUGACAGGAGAUAUGCAUUUUAGGACAAAUUAGUCAGAUUGGAAACAUUCUCCCCAUCUAUUUUUUCCAGAUCAGCUCUAUUGGCCGAUAAUUUGCUACCCCAAAUCAGUUCAGCACAACUAGUAAAUAAUCUUUUAAAUAUAUCUCAGUUGUGGAGAACUGCAAACUGUAGAAUAAUAUAGCUAACGAGGAAUGACAGCUGUCUUUGAACAUUUUAGGUCAUCUGUUUUGCACUUAAAUGUACAAUAGUCUACUGAAUUCUUUACAGUUCUCAGUUUAAUGGAUAGACACAAUCGUCUUAUUAUCAUGCAUCUGUUAAGCACUCACUGUGUCUGAAAUGUAAUUAGCAUUGCUAAUCAUCAAUUAACAGUUUAUUAAUUGACUUCUAUUUUGUUAAAUAUGAAAACAUCUAUUUGCAUUGCAUAUAAAUUAAUUGUCUGAUUUCUUGAAUAUACAGAUGGAGAGAAUUGUUAUGUGAAUGUGUAAAUUAAGCUUUGCCUGCACAAGAUAACUUUCCUUUUCAUAGAUUAGAUGGACAAAAAAUUACAUCUUCACUGAAUUCCCUUGUUGGUGUUGUCGAGAUCUGUAAAAAUAAAUAAAUAAAAUACAAUAAAUAUAAGUAAUAUACAUUGAUAACUGUCCAAUGUACUCUGUUAAGGUUAUUUAAUUAAUACACUGAAAAUAAUACUAUACAGGAGAACACUAUGUAAACGAUUUACUUUACAUUAUAUAAAAGACUACAAUAAAUCUUAGAAAAUCUAAAAUAAGCCAUAAAUUUACUACAAAGAGUGUAUUCACAGAAAGUAUAUGCAAAACACCACACUGCGCCAAUCAGCAUCUCCCGUGGAGAUGGUAAAAGUUAGACAGUCAGACAGUCACUAGAUGGACUUCCUAGGUUCAGCUAAGCAAAGCUUGCAUGUCCAACUUUCACCAUCUCCACAUCUCUAGAGGUGUUACUAGGCAGCUUGUACAGUGCUAAAGCUGCAUGGACAGGCUAUAGACAUCAGAAGCAUUACAUUAAUCUGUAGUGGUUCUGUUAACUAUAGUGUAGGGUUACCAUAUGUCCAGACAUGUCCUCUUUUUGAGGACUAUUUGUAUGUCCGGAAGGGAUUUCGUACUUUGUCCGGGUUUUGCAGACAACAUUGCUACGCAACGCCAGUCCGGUCUCCUUGUGUCCACGUGCAGCCAACUCUCCCAGUUCAAAAGAACGACAGCAUCCCAACUACUCCUCCACUGAGAUCAGAGGGCGGGUAGUGGGACAGAGAGCUCAGACUAUAUAAUCUAAAAGAGAAAAAAAUUAACCUUUAUUAAUAACUAGAUCAUAUUUACUGAGACCAAAAAGAAAAACAGAAAUCCACCACACGUGUAACUUCUCUGGGGUCUGGCUGAAAAAGGCGAGAGUAGCGGUAAAGGUACAGGAAAAGACUCGGAGGUAGAUGGUAUCCACCAAACAAUUAGGUACAGGACAGAGCUGGAUUAUCGAGAGUGAAUAAUUCCCUAUAGAAAUAACCUAAAUACAGGUAAGGAGAAUAGGAAUCAAAAAGUCCGUACUUCCCUCAUAUAUGCGUAAGUUAGAACCAAAUCCUAGGUACGAAAAAAGAGAAAAAAAAAAAAGUGGGCACACAUCUCACCCUAAACAAACACUAAGGUGCCAGUUUUAAAAACCUCCUCACGAGGUUAGGACUCUCGCAUUAUUGUGCUGUAUUAAAUCACCCUAAGCCAACAUAUUGCUCUUAGCAGUAGUGAUGUCCCGAACUGUUCGCCACGAGCAGACACAUUCCAGCAAAUCAGCAGCAGACCCUCCCACCAGCAUCCAUUUUGAAGCUGCAUUCUUAGUGAGCUGUCCAGGAGGUGGGAGGGUCUGGGAGGGAGGGUCUGCUGCUGAUUGGCUGGAAGUGUCUGCUGACUGGAGUUGGGCGAACCGUUCGGCGAACAGUUCGGGACAUCACUACUUAGGAGAUAUUUCUCCAUUUUCUCUCCCUCUUCUGUAUAUCACACGGAGAACAAUUGACCUGUAGAUCCAGAAGAGAGGUGUAUGCCACCUUAAAGCACACAAGCCACCAUAGGCGUGCGCAGCCUAUUGCAUAAGGGUGUGCACCCUAAAGCACAAACACACAUGCCGCAUAUAUAUAUAUAUAUAUAUAUAUAUAUAUAUAUAUAUAUAUACUGCUGUGAGGGCGCUGUGUGUGUGAGGGUGCUGUGUGUGAGGGUGCUGCAGAGGCAGAUCCAGAGACUGACCCCGGGAGGGGCACUUUUAUAUUAUUUAGAAAUAAUCCAUGCACAAUAACCACUACAGCUCUAUGUAGUGGUUAUGGUGCCGGGACCCCCUCCCGGAGUAAGUAGUCAAACCGUUUGACAACUUACCUGGGAUCUGCUGGGAUAUGGGACUGUAGUAGGGCAUAGGAGCAGUGGGGCAGUGUGUGUGUGUGAGGGGGGGCAGUGUAUGUGGGGCAGUGUGUGUGUGUGUGGGGGGGCAAGAAGAGGACCCAGAGGAACUGCAGGCUGAGCUCCCGGGUCCUCUCUCCCUCUCCCCUGCAGGCUGCCAGCACGGUGCCUGCAGACCAGGGAGGGAGAUCUGUGAUCUCCCCUCCGGUCCACAGGCACUUUGCAGGGCUGGCACUUGGACAGUGCCAGCCCUGCAUUAGCCGGCAGGGGAGAAUCUCGGAGGAGCAAUUGCCCCGUUGCCCCCCCUGGAUGCACCAGUGGGGUGCUGUUAGUGUGUGUGUAAGGGUGAUGUAUGUGUGUACAGCAUGCGGGGCUAGAGUUCACUCUCGCGAGAUCUGAGCGUUGCCGUGGCCCACGAAGGGAGACACAUAGUGUGGGCCACGGGGAUUAGGCUGUGCCCAGGCACACCCUGUGUGCACGCCUAUGCAAGCCACAAAGUUUAGAGCCUAUAUUUUAAAAGGCUCUGUAACAUGUGAGUUUAAUUCCACUCACCGUCAAAUAGAUCUCCAUUAUCUCCCCAAUUGUGUUACAAUUUUGCACUAUAUGUAUCUUUAUGCUUUUCUGUUACAUGUGACUUCUACCUUCACCCUAUGAAUUGAGUGGUGAGUCCCUGUUUAUUAUAUGCUAAUACACUUUUAAUCGCUGCACUACUUGCACAUUGUGUUUUAGGGGAUUAUCACUGUGUUUUCACCAUUUUCUGUAUUGGUGGGUGAUUUGGAGCACCCACAUAGUGUUUUUCAGGUGCUAUAUUUACUAAGAUUAACCAAAACAACACAGACGCACCUAUAUCGCACAAAUUUGUUUUAUAUAUAUAUAUAAUAUAUAGGUUUUUUUUUUUUUUUUAAUGCUUCUACUUUUUCCCUCUAUUGGUCACUUCCCACUUGAUCUGUAAAUAAAAUCAACAUUUAGUGACUAUCUUCUGAAUCACAAAUUAAAUAAAACUAGUUGUCUACUGUUCAUUUAGCUCAUGGCGCUUUGUAAUUAAGAUAUUUUGACAACUGCCGAUUGCCCGCAAUUCAAAAAAUUGUGGUUCAUUUAGUGCUGAAUGCACAAGUCUAAUACUAAAGACAGAAUUCAAAGUGAAUUUGAAAUUUAAAGACAGAGUAGCCAAGCUGAAAGCAUAGAUAACUUAGAGAUGGAAAAAAAAAAAAAAAAAGGAAAUAAGUUAAGUAACCAUAUCCCACAAGGAAAAUAUGCAUGCUAUUUGGUUUUCAAAUCUGUUCUUUGGCAUUAUAUGAAAUCUUGGCUCGUAAUAGCUGCAAAUCUAAUAUCUACUGCUUCGGUAUGACUUCCCUUCUAACCCUGCCCAGAUUUUCUGUGAUCGUCCAAUCAGACUUCCCAAUGCAGCUCAGUCUUCGCAAGGCUCUGUUCAAUUGCUGCCUCUUGACUUUAGCUCCACUGAGCCAACCAAAUCAGGAAGUAACAUGAUCCGUUGUCUGCUUGAAAGCCAGGGUGGUGUUAUGAAUUUAGUUUAUAAAAGUGUAAUUUUCUACUGAAAUCUGCACUUUUUGAAAAAUGAAAAAGAUAAGACACACUCUUCACACAUAAAAGUUUCCAGUAAACUAAAGUGCUUUGGGGUUUGGAAUGUCCCUUAAAAGACAAGACAUCAUAUACAUCUCAGAAAACAUGGUGGACCUGGCUUCCUUACAGGAGGCUCACAGAAAACAUGGUUAACUAAAAGUCUGAGAGUUUAUUAAAUUUAACAUGUCUCAAAAUGUGUUGUCUUUGCAUCAAGUUGUACUUGUGAAUUGAUGUAAUUUGAGGGGUUUUUGUUUGACACCAGUUAGUAGUGAUGUCCCGAACUGUUCGCCGAAUGGUUUGCCGCGGACUCCAGUCAGCCGACACAUUCCAGCCAAUCAGCAGCAGACCCUCCCUCCCAGACCCUCCCACCUCCUGGACAGCUCACUAAAAAUGCAGCUUCAAAAUGGAUGCUGUCCAGGAGUUGGGAGGGUCUGCUGCUGAUUGGCUGGAAUGUGUCUGCUGACUGGAGUUCGUGGCGAACCGUUCGCGAACAGUUUGUUGAACAGUUUGGGACAUCACUACCAGUUAGCAUUGUUCUAAAUCCCUGUAAUGAGCAUAACGGUGCAAAUACUUAUUCACAUUGUGUAUGAAAAUUAAUUGUUAGAUUAUUAUAAGUAAUGGGAUACGUCCUUGAUGGAUUAUUAUGAGAAUGUGUGAAUGAAAUGAAAUAAUUAGUUUCAACUUUUGUAGCCACAUUGAAAUGCAAAAUAUUUCCAUUUUCAAUUAAUUUCAUAAUUGGUGUGAUCAGCUGGGAAACAGAAAUAACAGUUAUGUAAAUUCAUUCCAAGAAUUAACAUUUUAAGAAAUUUUGCCUCAUAACAGAGCAGUUCAAAAUGUCACAUUCUGAAUAUUGGUUUGGAUUUGGAUUGCUCUGAAUCUGAAUUUAAAAGGACACUCCAUGCUGGAUUUAACCCAUUUUAAAGGUAUUACGGUAUGUAGGUAGUGCAAUAAAAAUGAACGAAUUAAAAAUAUGAAAAAAGACAGACAUCUGAAGUUCAUGAAUUUACUGUAAAUACCUUUGUAGCAAAUGUGUUCUUAUCAAUACAGAAAGUGAUUGAUUGAAAAUGCAAGUUGGGAGGAAAGGGAGAAUGAUAUUAUGAAAAAAAAAAUAUAUAUAUAUAUAUAUUAAAAAAUAUAUAUAAAAAAAAAUAAUUAUAUAUAAAUAAAAAAUGUGUGAAUAUAUGUAUACCUCAAUACAAAAUGAAAGAUGAGAACCUCAAUACACACAAAAGAUAAGACCCCCCACUGCUCACUCUAACAUAUGUUAGAGAUAAAACGAGAUUCCCCAAUGUUCGCUCUAACAGAGACGUUAGAGAUAACCCUAAUCUUAUUCCCAUCCAUAAAUCCAAAAAGAUGGAAAGAGCUUGUGGGACAGAAUUCUACCCAUAAUAAUGUGUAUGAAUCCUUUUCGGAGCUUGGGGCUAGACAUAAGUUGAGAAAAUCUAGCAACGAACAUACUUUGGAAGAUAAUGAGGAUUUUUUAGGGGCAACUAUAGCCCAAUCUUCCAAAACUUUCUCGCUUUUUAUGAAAAUCAUCAACAGAAAGAGGGGAGCGCUCAUAGGGGAAAAAGAGGACGAGGUAAACACCCCAUCCAAAUUGAGGUUUGUUUAACCAAGGGCAUUUUUAAUCUUUCCUCAUAUACAUUGAAACCAGGUGAAAUAUCUUUAUUAAAUAAAGGAUUGAAAUUUGCAUCUGAUAAGAAACCCAAUAUGUUUGAGCUCUUUAAAGAUUUAAAUCACUAUGUGAGAAAACUCACAGUGACUAGAUCGUUCAAUAUAAAGGAUAGUAAUGGCAACGAGGAUUGCCCGGAGUUAUUCAUUAACCCACAGUACAAAAUUAUUUUUCAUACUCUUCUUUACUUCCUAGAUAAACAAGACAAACCCAAAUUCGAAGUAGAUGCGUAAGAUGUAGUAAAUGCCAAUAUCUCUUCAGGCGUAAAACCACCAUCUAUAUAUUACCCACAAGCAGAUAAGGGGAAUUAUAUACAAACCUUUUAUGAGUUGGUCCUGAGAGAUUUGAGAAUUCUAUGUAAUCUGGAGAAGACUAAAGGAUGUGGAACCAAUAAUCUGAACCAUAAAGAACUAGAGGCAACUAACACUCUAAAGAAUAAUAAUGAUUUAGUCAUCAAAGUGGCAGACAAAGGAGGUGGAAUCAUAAUACUUAAUAAAGAAGAUUACUUGAAGGAGGCGUUGAAUAUUCUGGGGAAUGUGGAGUAUUAUCAGGUUUGAAACACUGAUCCCACAAGAACAUUUGAAGAAAAAAAAACUAAGAGAUUUGAUUGAUUUGGUCUUUAAUAGUGACUCUCUGGACCAAAAAAAUAGAUAUUUCUUGUCUGCCCCUUGUGAUAUUCCCAUUUCUUUACUACCUUCCCAAGGUUCCCAAAUCCCCGGAAAGGGAUCAAAGAGAGAGUUGAUGUAAAUGCCUUUCUUCACGCAGGGAGUGGACACCACCCAACAUAGAUUGCAAACGUAACUUUGGGGCAGUUCAUCAGGAUACGUCAAAAUUGUUCACUCUUCACACACUGACAGAUUAUGAGAGAGAGUCCUUCUCACUUUGCCAGCUUUUUGUGGAGAAAGCUUAUCCAUCAGGUCCCAUCCUCAGAGCAUAUUUGAAAGCUGGGAUGAUGCAGAGAGAGGAUCUCAUUAAUCCUACCUGAGCUAAAUCUGAGCCAUGCACACCAGAACCAAUAUGUCACACCAGAUACCAUGAAGCUAUUUUCAGCAUAUUAGUGGAAUCUAGAGUUUCCUGUAAUAAGAGGGCUAAGUACAAUAUCAGUACGAAGGAGGUGGGCUCUUGCAUAUUUCCCACUUUUUCUACCAACUUCAGUCAAGGGUACAAUGAUAUCAACAUCUUUCAUAAAUAUUGGCCGGUCUUUAAACUUGAUCUCUAGCUUAAAUUUAGUUCCGGUGGUUACUUUUAGGAGAGCUUCCAUUCAGGGCCGGCCUUAGGUCAUUAGGCGCCCUGUGCGAAAAGUCUUCACGGUGCCCCCCCUGAACAAGUUGCCUUAUAUAUACAGUCACACACACAGGCAAAGGCAGACAGUCAAACAAACAGUUACAGGCAGACAGUCACACAUGCUCAGUUACAGGUAGACAGUCACAGAGCCAAACACACAGUUAAAGGCAGACAGUCACACAGUUACAGGCAGACAGUCUCACACACACCGUCACAAACAAACAGUCAGACAUACUCCUUUACAAGCAGACCGUCAUACACACUCGGUUACAGACAUACAGGCACACACAAUGGCACAGCUACAGCGACACACACAAUUGGAGUCAAACACAGACAGUCACACACACACACAGGCAAACCGUCACACGCAGACAGACAGUCACACACACACAGGCAGGCAGUCACACAGGCAGGCAGUCAGGCAGACAGUCACACAUAAAGGUAGACAGUCACACGCACACACACACAGGCAGACAGUCACACACACACACACAGGCAGUCACACACAAGCAGGCAGGCAGACAGUCACACACACAGGCAGUCACACACACACAGACAGACAGUCUCUCACACACACACAGACAGUCACACACACACACACAGGCAGGCAGGCAGACACAAAGACAGUCACACAAACAGGCAAACGGUCACACGCAGGCAGACACGCAAACACACAUACACACACACACAGACUUACCUCUUUCCAUUUUGGCUGGAAGGGAGAGUGGAAGCAGUUAGUUAUAGGGGAAGCAGGGACUCCUUCCUGCUUCCCUCUUCCUGUGCAGCAGUUACCAGGGACUUUGGGUAGGUAUAAGCCCCGCCGCCGCCUCACGAUAAGCCCCACCGCUCGGUAAGCCCCGCCCCCUCAUUUUGGGGUUUUUUUUUUUUUGCUCACCUGUGUGAGAUGUAUCAGCUGUCAGGGCGCCCCCUGGUCCAUGGCGCCCUGUGCGGCCGCACAGCUCGCACACCCCUAAUGCCGGCCCUGCUUCCAAUCAUACUAGCUCCUUUCAAAUUUAAGUCUGGUACCAUAUGUGCAGCAAAGAAAGAUCCCAUCAUUGGAAAUGUCUGUUGUGGCCAUGGUAGAUGUCUAACAUUUGGUUUUCUGUGUUAUAAUAACUCUGCAUUUAAACCUGAUAAUAGUGAGGAGGUUUUUUACUGUCACCCACCGGAUCAAUUGUAACUCUUCGUUUGUUGUUUAUUUGCUGACAUGCACUUGUGGAUUGUAGUAUGUGGGGUAAACCAUCAGACCACUGAAAUGUAGAUUCAGAGAACACAGGCUAGCCAUUCUACCUAAUGACAGACGGACGAUCUCUCGCUCGUCACUUUGAAAUUUUCCACAAUAGUGAUCCUAUGUCUAUCUCGGUGAUGGGAAUUGAAUUAAUUCAAGCCAAAAGAGAUUUAGCUAAAAGGAAAAUAAAUCUACCAGUGGCAGAAUCUAAGUAGAUUUUUAAACUUAACUCUAUGGCCCCCAAUGGUCUAAAUGAGGUAGAUCAGUUUUAGGCUGUGUUUUGGAUAAAGUAUAAAUAUUUUUGAUGUUUGAUGAAUUUUUCCUGUAGUCAUGUUUGAUCGGUUCUGUCCUAUUGUUUUAUGACUAUAUAUAUUGAGGCUAUCCAGACUAGUUCAUAUUUAUUUUGGCAGUGAGAGUGUUAAGUACUAUAUCUCAUAUUUACCCCAAAAUUGGUACUCUAAGUAUUAUUGUGUAUGUAUGCAAUAUCUAGAGAGAUGCACUAUUUAGUCUUUUCACUUAAAAAUAAAUAUUGUCUGUUUUACGUUAGUGAUACUUAUCGAAUUACUAUGUGAUGAUCACAUUUGUUUAUGAUCGAGUUGUCAUCUGUAUUAUGCUUCCUGUCGAAGUGAAUGAUAAGGCCAAAACAGACUUUAGGUUGGAUACCCAUAAAAAUAUUCAAAUAAGAACCAAGAGACAGUUUAUGGGUAUAUCCCAAAAAAUAUAUUUGUUUUUUAACAUUUUAUUUAAUCAUCAAUACAUUUUUAUUUUUAUGUUUAUUUUUAGAAACAUUAAUCAUUUAAAAAAAUAUAUUUUUAUUAUUUUUUAUUUGGAUUAUAUACAUUAUUCAUGUCUAUCUUCAGUACUGUUAUCUGUCUCUGGUUAUGUUCAAUUUUAGGGAUAUAGCUGAUCUGUCUCUGAUUAUGACUAUAUUUAUGGGCAUAUUUGAAAUAAGCAAACACUUUAAAAGUUAUUUUUUUUAUUUAAAGUUUUUCUUUCAUUUAACUUUUGUAGUAUUAAGAGUUAAUAGAAUGUUUGUGAUUCUUGAAUUCAUAUGGGAUCCAAAACAGGAUUUCCAAAAGCUUUUCAUCACCUGCUUUUGAGGGUUCUUAAGGCAGCUAUUCUGAUUUACAUGUAGUCUUCAUGCGUUAACGCCGUCUGUGUGUGUUCCGUGAUGACGUACCCAGUGUUGUUGAGGUAACUUCUACUACAAGCCAUCACCAGGGAAACCCGUGUAUACCAGAGGCUAAAGAUUAAUAAAAGUGCAUAUUAUACUCGGCUUAAUGUUACAAAGUGCAAAUGUGCCCAUACAGUAUAUGUCCAUAAACUCCUUUAGACUUAAUACCGUACAUGGAAAAUACGGUAGUAAUUGUCGUGAAAGUGAUAAGUGCCGUGCGCAAUAUGGUUCAGGUAGGGGAUGGAUGAGGAUAGUGAGUAAUAAAGUGAUAUAUGCAUUUAAGACAUAAAGUGUAUCAAAUGCCUAAACUCACUAAUUAUAGCGAUCAUAUAAGAUAAUGUGAUAAUAAGUAAUAAUCACCUAAUAUCUCCAAACAACAAUGUAAACUCAGGUGGAUAAAGGUGUAGGCAGUGUAAUCAUGGAUUAUUCCAAUCUUGUACAUGAAUUGAGGAGUCAACUACAAGAUGUGAAUACAUACCAGCCACUACCGGGAGACCCUACCAGGGAAAUUGAAUGGAAGAUAGAGCAUGUACUAUCUAUAGGAGUACGAGGAGGAUAUAUUGACACACAGUUGUAUCAGUAUUUAUCAAAGAAAAAUCCACGUACCCCAAUGAUAUAUAGUAUACCAAAAAUCCACAAAAAUUCCACAAACACACCCAGGGCGUCCAAUAGUAUUAGCAAUUGGAGGAAUACUUGAACCCCUUGCAAAAUGGCUGGAUCAUCUGUUCAAAGAAUCGGUAGAAAGCUUAUAUACGUGCGUAAAGGAUACUCCUACAUUCAUAUCCAAAAUGACACAGUUGGAAUUUGGAAUGGCCACACCUGUCCUCAUCACCAUGGACGUCAACAGCCUCUAUACAGUCAUCCCCAAUGAACAGGGAAUAGAGGCAAUGAGAAGCGUAUUGACAACAUCUACAGUAUAUAAAGGUCCACCCAUAGAAUUUGUAUUGGAGAUAUUGGCUCUUACAUUGAAUAACAAUUAUUUCCGAUUUGAACAACAGUGGUUCUUACUGAUCUCCGGUACAUCAAUGGGGGCAGCGAUGGCCCCCAUGUUCGCAAAUGCGUAUAUGUAUGUCUUUGAAGAGGAACACAUACUAACCAAAUUUAAACAAAAUAUAUUCAGAUAUUAUAAGUAUAUAGAUGACCUCUUGAUAUUCUGGAGAGGAGGCCAAUUGGAAGCACAUGCCAUGGUGGAGUAUGUCAACCACUUCCCAACCCCUAUUAGGAUGACAGCUCAAAUUAGUAUGGACAAAAUACAAUACCUGGAUCUAGAAAUGUCGGUGGUGGAACAGGUGGUCACAUACAGUCUUUUUACCGAGCCAACUGGCCGUAACACCAUAUUGCACAUCCGGUUACACUCGAGAACUCAUUACCAAAGGCACAAUAUCUUUGGGUUAUGCGCAAUAACUUGAAAGAAAAAGCGAUGGAAAACCAGCUUUAACAAAUGACAGAGAAAUUCCUUAAACGUGGAUACAACAGCCAACUUUAAGAAUGGCAAAGGAUACACCAAGGAUGAUUUUUCCAAUGACCUACAACCAAGCUACCCCAAAGUUGUCCACUAUAGUAAAAACUAACUGGAAAAUUUUGUCACGUGAUGACACAUUGCCAAAGGUUUUUAAAGAACCUCCAUUGAUUUGUCAUAGGAGAAAUAAAAGCCGGUGUGAUUUAUUGGAAAAAAAGGAGGAAACCGCGCCUUACAUAAAUUAUAUAUACAUACACUUGAUGUCUCUUAGUAGUUUCGGAUAAUUUAUCCUCAAAAAGAAAACAGAGUAUAUACAAUAGUGUAGUAUGUUAAAUAAUAUUAGGAAAAAGUGAUAAAUAAAACAGAGGUAUUUUUCACUCACAUUUGGUAGAGCUACUGUGGGAGCUCUACCAUAAUUGGCAUGGACGGUACAAUCCCCGUCUUAGGAUAAGAAGUCCAACGUCUUAGGUACUCCAAUGGUGUAGUAGUGCAGAUAAAAAUGGAAAACAAGAAACUCCAAUAGUGUAAUAGUUCCAACUUCAAGUAUAAAUGGAUAAAUAGAAAUAUAUAUACUCACAUUUACUAGAGCAGAAAACUUGCUCUAGUUUAUAAGGCUUGCAGUGGUAUAAUCCCCACUGUAGGAUAUACAGGCCAGGAAGUAAGAUGGUGCAAAUAAAAUAUAAUAAAGUGGAAUAUAGCUUUAAAAGAUAUAUAUUUAAUAAUGUAACAAACAGAAUAAAAUAAAAGCUAUAUAAAAUAACACUUAACGCGUUUCGCCAAUGGCUUCAUCAGAAGUGUAAAAAACAUACAUCAAAAAACUUCCUUUAAAUAUGUAACUUACAUAGUGAACAUGAUUGAUAAUGUAAUCCUGGUGUGCCUCGGACAAACAGACCGCUCGUGGGCAGAGACCGGAAAUAGUGCGGCGACCACGUGGGUGUAAGUAACCAGCGUGGAACGCACGCGUCCAAACCGGAAGCGACGCGGCGUUCGCGUGUGUAGCCUUAUUCACCGCGAGACGCACGCGUCGCGCCGGAAAUGGCGCGGCACUUCACAUAGUAAAAAUUUAGGCAUGCGUUCCACCAUGGAACGCAUAGUGGCGGGACGCACGCGUCGCGCCGGAAAUGGCGCGGCACUCACAUAGUAAAGGUGCAGGCAUGCGUUCCACCAUGGAACGCAUAGUGGCCGCGGCCGUAAUAGAUGGCUCAGCAAGAGGCAAAGACAAAGAUUUGUUGAAAUACAACAUAUGUGCAAAAGACAAGAAGAACAAUCUUCACAUAAAUAAAAACCAAUGCAUAAAUAUUGUUCAAGUGCAACAUAUGUGCAGAUAACAAAAAAUGCCAAUCUUUACAUAAAUAAAGAGAUAGAUACAAACAUAUUGUUAAGGUGCAACAUAUGUGCAAAUAACAAAAUAAGCCAAUUUACACAUAGACAAAGAAACAAACAGAAAAAAUAUACUCAUACCAAACUAUUCAGGUGUCAUGCAUUAUACAAAAGGUAUUAUGUCUAAUAAAAACAUAUGUAUAGGCAACAAAAAAUAGAAAAAUAUGGUUAUAUAAAAAAAAUAAAAAAUAAAAUAGAAAGUUCUCAAAGUUCAUAGCCAAAUAAUCCUGACAUCCAGCAGUGCACAAAAAGUGUUUCAUCCGUAUGUAGAAAUAGCACAACGUCUUUUCUUAUUUGAUGAAAAAAUUAAGAUAUGUGCAGUCCAUAACAUCCUUUUUCUAAAAACAGUCUUAGACUUCCAAUAAUCCAUUGUAAAUAUGCUCGUAGUCCAAUUUGUAAAGAGAGCGAUGAAGUAAGAUGUAUGACAUAAAAAAAUAAUAAUAAAUAUAUAUAUAAGAUCACAUAAAAAUACAAUAAAACUGACAAUAGUAAAAUAAUAAGGGAAUGCAGUGAAUGGAAAAAAUAGGAGGGUGUAAAAUGAGAUGGGAGGGGAAAAAAAAAAAAAAAAAAAAAAAAAAAAAAAAAAAAAAAAAAAAUUUUAAAUUAAAAAAAUUAUUUAUAAAAAAUUAAAUAAAUCGAAUUCUAUGUUUAAGCCAUCUGGGUGUAAGGUAUUCAUAUUAUAGACCCAUUCCAUCUCUGUCCGUCCUAUUUUUUUAAUAAAAUCACCUCCUCUCCAGUGAGAUUUGACAGUGGCAAUACCCAUGAAGGUAAGAUUUUUAGGGUGUGAUUUAUUGGUACACACGGAUCCAGUAAACAGUUAUGAAGAUUAUACCCAGACACAUAACAGGGGCAGUGUAAGAUGCUUUGGGUGUGUAACGUACGGCCAUAUGGCGCCGGCUCAAACAUUCACCCAUCUCCACAAAAAUAAGAAAUACGACAUUAGACAUAAAAUUAUUCAUGCCCGGCCUUAGGGGUGUGUGAGCUGUGCGGCCGCACAGGGCGCCAUGGAGCAGGGGGCACCCUGCAGCCGUCACAGCUCACACAUGACCGGCAGGGAUUAAAAAAAAUUUGUGAUGGGGCAGAGCUUCCCGUGCGGCCGGGCGGAGCAUAACUGACGGUGGGGGCGGAGCAUAACUGAUGGCGGGGGCGGAGCUAAAAGUGCAGGAUAACUGCUACAGGGGAAGCAGAAAGGAGCCCCUGCUUCCCCAACACACAGUCUCCAUGAGCUGCACUGCCUCCACAAUGAACAGAGGUAACUAUGUGUGAUUGUCAGUGUGAAUGUGACUGUGUGUGUGUGUGUGUGUGUGUGUGUGUGUAUGACUGGCUGCCUGUGUGUGUGACUGCCUGUGUGUGUGUGUGUGUGUAUGACUGUCUGCCUGUGUGUCUGUGUGUGUAUGACUGUGUGUGUGUGUGACUGGCUGUGUGUGUGUAUAACUGUCUGCGUGUGUGUGACUGUCUGCCUGUGUGUCUGUGUGUGUGACUGUCUGCCUGUGUGUGUGUGUGUGACUGCCUGUGUGUGUGUGUGACUGCCUGUGUGUGUGAGGCUGUCUGCCUCUGUGUGUGACUGUCUGCAUGUAAGUAUGUGCGUGUAAGACUGUAUGUGUGGCUGCGUGUGUGUGACUGCCUGUAAUUGUGUGUGUGUUACUGCCUGUACCUGUGCGUAUCUUCCUGCGACUAUGUGCAUGUGGUGGAUUUGACAGUGUAUAUGUAUAACUGUGUGCAUCUGACUGUGGGACUGUGCUCCAAGCCAGCCUUGACUGCUUCCUUUCUGCACUCCCAGUGCCUAGUCUCCUUGACUCUCUAUCUGGAGAGAACAGCCUCUCUCCUACCUGCUUCCUGGGAGGAUGCCAGCAAUCCCUCUCUUUUACCUGCCUAGCAGGGAGGGGUUUAUUCCCACUGCAACAGCUCAUUAACUGCAGCUGAGCAGUGGGUUGGAGACGGUCCAAAAAACCCUGGCCUGGAUCUAUGUCUCCCCAGAAAACCACUAAACUGUGGAGUGGAGCAUUGGCCCACCCUUCUCUCCAAACGCUCCACCCCAGGGGCCCAUAACUAAACAAUGCUUUGUGUUGUGCAACACACAAACUACACGUACUUCCCCUGGGGUUAAAAGGCCUAUCUGCCUUCACUUUAUCACAAUAUAUAUAUAUAUAUAUAUAUAUAGUCUUUUAAAAAAGAGGCAUACCUGAGGGUCCCAGCUGUGUCAAACCAUUCCAAAACUGGACGGUACAAGGGCCUCCAGGCAUCAUAACAAUUACAGCAUUCUGAAGUGGAUAUGGUGUUCAGACUUUCCCUUUAAAUAUUUUACAUUUUUAAUUACCUAAAGCUUUGUAAACCCUAAAAAUAUACCACAUGUACUGAAUAUUAGUCUGUCAGAUUAUAACACAAAUGUAAUUUUUGUCUACAGAUUACAGUUUACCUAUAUAUCAAAAAGAAGUCAUGGUUGCUGUAGGUCCCAGUGUUGUGAUUUUCCUGACAAUUGUGUUGAGCUUUUUUUGCAUUACCAGGUAAGUAUCUCCUAUAAAAUACUCAUAUUUAACUUUCCAGAUGUAAGUUAUUUUAUGAAAUCUAAGUUCUCUAGUAAGAAGACCGGCAGAAAAUAAUUGUUGCUGAAUUUAAUCGUCAUAACCAUAUUUCCUAUUUAUGUAUGUUUACAGUUAUGUGACAUGCUAGCUCAGAGAUAGGGAAAAAGAUUAUUUAUUUAUAAAAUAUUUUACCAGGAAUUACUGUAAUUUGAAAUUAAACCAGAUAAUUCUAAUGCCUAUACGUAACAAAACUGGUUGGCAUUUCUUUUUUUUUCGAAAACAAUCCUCAAACUAAUUGCAUAAUGAAUCCACCAGUAAUGAAUCAGAGAAAGAUUUAUCCAUUGUGGAAACUCUGUGUUAAUAAAAGGGAUCUGUCACUUCUGUGAAAUUUACACCAUUGAAUGGAAAUUUGGAAUGUCACCUAAACUUGUCUUAACCAUUUUUCAUUAGAUGACCUGUUUUGUUUGUUUGUUUGUUUGUUGUUUAAUUCAUAUUAAAGGAAAAGAAGACUCCAACCACUAUAACCACUACUUAAUUUGUAAAUUAUUUGACAACUAACCUUUGGUCUGUUGGUGCAGGGCUUCGCUCAUUGGUUGAGAGUGCUGAGCUCUGAUGAUCUCAGUCAAUGUGCCAACCCGACAUGGCAAAGCUUAGCUCAGUAGAAUUCGGCGCAAGAGGUUCUGGCUACACAGGAAGCUGUAAGUUGUCAAUUCCCACAUAGGCUGUGGUUAUGGUGCUUGGAGUGUUACUUUAACGAUAGAAAAUGUCAUCACAAUCCAAUUCAGACAAGGCAAAGCCAGGGCAAACAAUGUAAAUGAGGACGAUAAAUAGAAACAUUUUUUUUUCUCGUUUUCUCUAUGCUGACCGCCAGGUGCACAGGACCGAGUUUAUAACAAUCAGUGAUUAACAGGGACCUAAGAUAGAGGUACCCAGCUCCAGGAUAAAGAGAUGUGGAUUUAUACAUUUAAUUUUAUUUUUUAUACCUCUCAAAUACCUGUUUGUUACAUUUAGGAUUAAGUAAACAUGGUAUUACAAAUCCUGACAACUGAUAGUUUCUCUUUAACCUCUUGUGGAUUGCAGCUGCUAUUGAUUGCCUUAAUUAGCAUGUGAAUUAACCAACAGACUUCUGUACAAAUGUGUUACAGCUGGUAUGUAUAAUUUAAAGGCCUUGUAAUCUGCGCUAGAACAAAUUGAUCCUUCCACGAUUUACCUGUGAAUCCUCAUUAAUUGAAUAGGACUCCACCGAUACAUCCCAGAUGGAUCGAUUCAUUCGUGCACGUGUUAAGUCAUUUGAUUCGUUCGUACCAGUUAAAACGCGUUUGUGUGUCUAAUCAUGCCAGGACUGGCUCUAUUUAUCAAUAAAUUAAUGUGUGUAUAUAAUAAUCUCUUCCAGAGAGCUGGGUAACUCAGUACAGAGUUGAUUUAUUUUUUUAGAGAACUUAAGGGUUUUCUUUUUUCUGAUGAGGCAUACAGUAUUCAUUUUUGCUUCUAAAAUAGAUAAUUUUUGUUUUUUCUUUACAUCAUCUUAACUUCUUCAUUUACAGAUAUAAAAAACGAUGGUGGGAUAGCGUUCCGGAUCCCAAAAAAAGUAAACUGGGCACGAACAUAUUCACAUCGCAGGUUUGUACACACCCAUACAUAUAACUUCAAUCCCAUUUUUGUCAGCACUUUAUCUCACUUCAUGUCUGUGAAAUCUGCCCAUUUCAUACCUGAGAUAAUGUCACAUUAUGCAAAUGUGUGUUAACAAAGAUAAGUCAGCCAACUGUAAACGCAAUAUAUAAUUCAGCUAUUGAUUUUUCAAUUUACUACAACAAACUUGGCAGAUCACUGCAAUUGCUGCAUAAUACAUAAUUUAUAAUUUUCUUGUAGGGAUGGUACCCAUUGUGUGGUAUCAUCUUGAUAAUAUAAACAUUGUUUUUCUAAGAGAUCAUUUGUCAUUUUUGAUGAACCAUUGGAGUUAGAUUAGAGAUUUGCUGUUGAAUAAAGUAUUUGCAAACUUCUUUACACCUGUCUCCAGGUCACUCCAGUCCAAUGCUAAUUUCCGCUUUAUCUUAUCUUGUGAUCUGUAGCUUGCAUUUUCAAACAUUGGUCCGGUUGCCUUUGCACAAACAAGAAAAGAACCAGAUGCAAAUCCAUUUUGGUAAGAACUAGUUUAAAAGUAAUUAGAAUUCUAACAUUCUAUAAUGAUUUAUCCCUCAGGGACACAGUAUAUUUGUUUGUUUUCUAUUUACAGUGUACCUGUGUUUGAAAUCUUUACUUUAUUUAGACCCUUUUUCCUUGUGCUGUAUUUUUACCAAACAUUGUAGUUUAUCAUUCACCUUCUAUGGAGCUUGUUGAGUUUUUGGCAUACUCACCUCCUUCUUAGUAGUUCCAUUAAUCCCCUUUCGUCGGUAUAAAUCCUUCUCUCUGGACUGCCACUGUGUGGAAAGCCACGUGGCGGAAUCCACUGAAGCAAGGCCUAACAACGCUAAGAGAUGCGUUCUUUUGCAGACAGACAUUGUCAUAUAGUCUAUGAUGAUAAUCUGUCUGCAGGAAAGCUAGGAGCAUGUGCGUUUUGAAGUGUUUUCUGAAGAAAUCUAUACAUUUGCUAGUGAUUUCGCUAGCAAAAGGUAUAGAGGAAAUCUAAUGAAGAAUUUAAUUCUGGAAAGUGCAAAGUGGCAUGACAGGUACCCUUUAAGGACAAAAGCAAUUGGUUUUUUUUUUGGCCACGGGUUUGUUCAGCCAUAAUUUUCCAAUUGCUGUGUGUGUGUGUGUGUGUGUGUGUGUAUAUAUAUAUAUUAGUGUUAUAUAUAUUGUUUAUUGUUUUAAAGAAAUAUAGGGUUUCAUUUGAUAUCAUAUUGUUAUUGAUCCAUUCAUCUAUCCAUGUCUAUCUGGAUAAAUAGCUGGGGAUUUAUUAUAAAAUAAUGCAAGAAAGUAGAUUCAUUUUUAAUAAUAGACUUUAAUAAUUGGUGACACUCACAUAAGGUAUGAGAUUGAAAUUAGAACAUCCUUGACAACAACCAUAAUGGGCAGUCCUGUCUAAAAGUUGGGGGCAUUAAGUAUACGUGUCAGGCACCCAGAAUAGAAGAAUUUACGGAGCCCUGUUGAAGCACUAACUAUCAUGUAUCCCUAAUAGAACUUUUUAUAUUGCUUCAAACAAUAAAAGCAAGUUAGUUGAAGAGUUACAGAGAUUGUAAUAAUCGGAAACAUGGCUUUGUAGAAAAAAUUAUAAACGCAACACUUUGUAGCCAUAUUUUUUUUUCAAGAUGCUGAUCAGACAGCAUGAUUAUUGCACAGGUGUGCCUUAGGCUGGUCACAAUAAAAGGCCACUCUAAAUGUGCAGUUUUACUGUAUUGGGAGGGUCCGAAAACCAGUCAGUAUCUGGUGUGAUCACCAUUUGCCUCACGCAGUGCAACACAUCUCCUUCCCAUAGAGUCAAUCAGGUUGUUGAUUGUGGCAUCAGGGUGCUGGUAUGUGGCCGCACAAACGCGGGUGCUCAACACCCUGAUAAUCCUUUCCACGCUGAGACUCCCAUCAUCAUCAUCCAUCAGGCACUUUGGGGUCCCGGUCUUUGUACUGCCACCUGAGACAAUAAAAUACGCCUGCCCGUACCAUAACCCCACCGCCACCAUGGGCCACUCGAUCCACAACAUUGACAUCAGCAAACCGCUCACCCACACGACACCAUACACACUGUCUGCCAUCUGCCUUGUACAGUGAAAAAUAAGUAUUCAUCCAUAAAGAGAACAUCUCUCCAAAGUGCCAGACACCUUUGAAUGUGAGCAUUUUCCCACUCCAGUCGUUCUGUUACGAUGACGAACUGUAGUCAGGUCGAGACCCCGAUGAGGAUGACGAGCAUGCAGAUGAGCUUCCCUGAGACGAUUUCUGACAGUCUGUGCAGAAAUUCUUUGGUUAUGCAAACCGAUUGUUGCAGCAGCUGUCCGCGUGGCUGGUCUCAGAUGAUCUUGGAGGUGAAGAUGCUGGAUGUGGAUGUCAUGGGCUGGUGUGGUUACACGUGGUCUGCGGGUUGUGAGGCUGGUUGGAUGUACUGCCAAAUUCUCUGCAACGCCUUUGGAGAUGGCUUAUGGUAGAGAAAUGAACAUUCAAUUCACGGGCUAUAGCUCAGGUGGAUAUUCCUGCAGUCAGCAUGCCAAUUGCAAUCUCCCUCAAAACUUGCGGCAUCUGUGACAUUGUGCGGUGUAAUAAAACUGCACAUUUUAGAGUGGCCUUUUAUUGUGGCCAGCCUAAGGCACACCUUUGCAAUAAUCAUGCUGUCUUAUCAGCAUCUUGAUAUGCCACACCUGUGAGGUGGAUGGAUUAUCUCGGCAAAGGAGAAGUGCUCGCUAACACAGAUUUAGACAGAUUUGUGAACAAUAUUUGAGAGAAAUGGGCCUUUUGUGUACAUAGAAAAAAAAUGGGGGCAAAAACAAAAGUGUUGCGUUUAUAAUUUUGUUGAGUGGAUACAGGUUUCACAGAUGUUGGCCGUUGAAGGUGAUCAAUGUGAAUCAUCAUAUAUCUAUGCAGUCUCCAUCAGUACAACCUGCACAGUAUGAUGGGGCCUUCACACAGAUCUCCAACUGCCGUAGAGACACAAAGACUGUUUCCCACUGACUGCUUUGCCUCUAAAGCCAACUGGCAUGUGUCAUGCAUACUCAUUGUAGGUUGGCAGCCUGAUCAGCUUCAGACAACACAUUGUACCAAGAGAUAUUCCAGUGGCCUUACCCAUGUAAACAUGUCAAUAUAGGUCCUGCUAUUUCAAUUGUCAGAAAAUUGGUAUUAGGUUGCAGCCCACAAACCCACUUGCCAACCCCCUUUGCUAGCAGCCUGGGAAGCAGUUGCCCCUCGACUAGUCCGCCCAUGCCUGCAGAUGAGAACUAUCACCGAGCAAGCUGAUGUAGAGGUGUUAGAGAGAAAGGGGAUAAAGGACAGAAAUAAGGUGGUUUGUCUCCCCUGGAAUUGUAAAGGGCUUACAUUUCUAGACAGAACCAUAACAAUGCAGUAUUGAAAAUAAGUCAGAGAUAAUUUAACUGAUUUAUACCAAGGGCAAAGCAAAGUAUGCACGGGCAGUGCUGUAUUACGUGGAAUGGAUUGACAAAAAUGAUGACAAAAAGUCUAGGACUGUAAUCCGAGGAAUCAGUCUGAUACUUACCUGUAAUGGUCUUAAAUUAUUUUAACCCAUUAUUUUUUGUUAAUGCUUUGUUUAUCUUUACAUUUUAUUUUUUACAGCCGCAUAGAUUUUAAGAAUCUCCAAUCCAAUUGUGGAAGUCAAGACUGGCGACCAUUAGUGCUUACUCCAGAGUACACAUCUGUUGAAAGAUAUUUUGAGAUAUUACCUCUGGAAGAUGAUGAGACAACCAACGGAAGUGAAUAUGAAGUAGAUGAGGAAUACAGCUGGAAUGUAAUCCAUAAUCCAUCAAUCCAUAAAUUAUUCCUUGAUAUUUUAGGAGAAAGGCCAUUAGUGGAGGAAGCAUCAAACUCGAAGAAAAAUGAAUCCCAUAGGAUGAUAAAUGAUGGGUUAUCUUUUACAGAAGAACAGCAGUGCAAAUUAAUUUCCUGUAAUAGAAAUCCAUGUGAUAGUGAGUUUAAAACAUUCUCUGAAUCAGGCUUUUUCGGUAAUGACAUUUCCAGUCUACCAAUAAUGUUUCCAGAAAAAAUAGAUUGGCUGGAAUUGAUGCACCAUGAUGAUGGCUCUUGUGAUCAAACCUACACGAGAGCAGAAAAUCUUCACACAAACUAUUCAAAUGAUAUAAUUCAAACUGAUAUGUGUACGGCUAUAACAUACAGCAGUUUUGCAAAUGUUGUGUCGAGUGCAGAAAGGACAUAGUUUAGAAAGGAUUAUGACAAACUAGAAAUGUCAAAAAGAUGCCUUUUUGGAAGUAAAGAUUUUGCGGUUUUAGAUUUUGGGUAUAAACCUUUUCAUUUGAUGCAAUACCAUACAGCAGACACACAUCCUGUAUCUGUUAAAGUAUCCGAAUAUCAGCUUUAUUCCAAUACUGUUCAACAUGAGAAAGUAUCAGUGGGAUGCUCUCUUGGAAAUACAGACUUUACAGCGCUAGACACUGGGUAUAAAUCUUUUGUUUGCCUUUUAAGCCAGGACAAAAAAAUUGUAGACAAAAUCAUUUAUUCUAACAAUUUUUAUAAGGGACUCCAAAAAAAGGAAUCUUCUCCCAAUGAUGCUCAACUCUCACGUCUUUGUGUAUUUAGCAAAUUCAACUACUUGAGAGAUAAGACGAAAAUACAUUGUGAGGACACUAAAGCAAAAAGAUUUUCUUCUAGUUUCGAAACUUUACACUUAACAGAACCUCUUUUAGAAGAUUGCAAACAUAAAAACAUGGAAAAUAAGUAAUUGCAUUACAGUGAUAACGGACCCAAGCAAAGCAAUGGCAGCAAAAAUACUAAAAUCACUCCAGAAAAUGAAAAUAUUCCAUUUGCUAUGACAUUUGACAUAUCUAGCCCUUUGUUUAAUGUUUCUAAUACGUGUGGACAUGUUUAGCUGGUUACAUUACAAUCAAAACCAUGGGUAGAAGGAAGAGUGAAUGGUGAGAUUGACAAAUUCUUCUCAAGAUGCCUUGGCAAUCAGAAAUUUAGUUUCCCAGGAACUGUUUUGAACAUUACUCCGGAUAAGUCGUCAUCCAUUCCUUUAUAUAAUAGAAUGAAGAAGCAGCAAAAAUACAAAUGAUAACAUGUCUUAUCGUAACUACAAUAUUCAUCACAAAGAUAGAAAUUUGUACAUGAAUAUAGCAGAACUAAUGAAUCUUCGGCUCACAAAGAAUUCAUGAAACACUAUUGAAAGGGUUAAUGCUGUUCUGGACUCAACUCCACUCAAUUCUCCGGUCACCAUAAUCAAUAUUGAUGGAGAAUCAUUGUUAACAAUAAAGACACGGACACCACAAAUGUGCUUUAACAAGAUUCUCAAAUGAGUGUAUUUUCAGGGCUAGCAUUUAUACACAGUUUGUCACGCAAGCAGCGAGAUUUAUCAUUUCCUUGUAGUUAAUAGUACAUACUUGUCUGACAUUAAAAGAUAAUCAUUUGAAUAAAGACGGGACAGGAACAUCCUGAGGUCGAGCGAGGUCAUACAUCCUUUAGAAGGGAGGCCUCUCAAAGCAUGUUAUAGAAUACAUCUGCCAAGGUCAGCAUAAUUAUUUCAAACAUUAUUUUAAAGCAUAUAAAACAAAAAGAGUUUAACUAUUUCAUAUCCUUACAGUCAGCACUAAUGAUUAUAAACCUUAUCUAAGCAUAAAAUACAUAUGAACAAGAAAAGUUAACUACUUCAUAUUCUUACAACUAUAUAUAAAUUAUUUUCGUUAUUCCACUUUUCCAUCACUCCAAAUGUGACACUAUAUGCACUAAAACAAUUUGGCUUAAAGGGACACUAUCGGCAUCAAAACACAUUUAGCUUAAUGAAGCAGUUUUGGUGUAUAGAUCAGGACCCUGCAGUCUCACUGCUUAAUUCUCUGCCAUUUAUGAGUUAAAUCACUUUGCUUAUACAGCACUAGUCACACCUCCCUGCAGGUGACUUACUCAAUCUUCCUAUACACUUUCUGUAAAGAUUCACACAAUGUUUACACUUUUAUUGCACACUCUGUCUAACUUAGAAUGUCUCCUGCUCUGUUAAUAGAUUGCUAGUUCCUGCAGGAGUCUACUGUAUGUAAUUAAAGUUCAAUUCACAGAGAAGAAGAUCCAACAUUGUAUCUGAUUCAUAAUAAUAACUAAUUUGUUUUCAUGCAAGCCAUGUCAAUUACAGCCAGGGGAGGUAUGGCUAGGGCUGCAUAAACAGAAACAAAAUUUGAUUUAACUCCUAAAUGACAGAAAAUUGAGCAGUGAGACUGCAUGGACAUGAUCUACAUACAAAAACUGCUUCAUUAGGUUAAAGUUGUUUUGGUGACUAUGCUGUCCCUUUAAUAAAGCAGAUUAUGCCCCAGCAGUCUCACUGUGCCAGUAGAUUGUAUAUUUGUAUAUGAAAUAAUUAAUGUAUAAAUGAGGGAUCUUUAGAAAUAAUAAUGUUAUAAACUUUUGUUGUUGGAGACCAGAGUUACAGAUCCCCUCUAAAAACUCUGAGAUGGAAGUCCCAUGCAAUGUAUCUAGUACUCAGUGAUUAUACACUUAAAGACACCCACUUCUACUGAAUCAUUAAUGUUGCAAGGUUCAGUCAUCUAUGAACUCUCUGUAUGGAACAUCAGAUUAGAUUGGGAAUUGGCAUCCAUUUAAAUUAUUGUGGUAGACUUGUGCACAAAUGCGUUUUAAGAGGUAUGAAUGAAUCAAAUGUAUUUCACUGAUCUGUCCAGGACUUACCUGUGGAGUCUUACUCAAUGAAUAAGACUCUACAGGUAAACCCCAGACAAUCAGUUCGUACGUGCAGAGAUUUAAAGGAAUUUGAUUCGUUCGUCCUAGUUGAAACACAUUUGUGCUCAAGCUAAUAAAAUGGUGCCUUGAUCACUCAUCUGGCUUGCAACAUUAAAAAGAGCCAUACCGUAUAUGGCAACGUUCUGCUUUACUUGGUUCUUUGUAUGAGCGUUUCCACAGCCUGACAAAUUAUCAGUGAUAAGCAGACUCAUCUCUGUUGCUUAGCCCCUUAUUCAAAAACACAACACAACACAAAGUCAUUUCGCCUGGAGUAGAUUGGGUUUAUUCCAAAAUACAAAAAGUUAUUCAACAGAAGUAAACAUUAAACAUAACUGAUGUUCACUAAUACUGUACUAGAUAUAACUGUUAUUGGUAUGUCUGUCUUUUUCCCAUCUUUAAUAAAAAGGAACAAUUUUCCAUUCCAGUCUUCUUAAAGUGGCACUGUCAGUCCAAACUUACCUGUCCCCAAUCACUUCCUCUUUUCUUCCUCUCUCAGAAUCUUCAUUGUUUCUCCCUAUCUGAUCUACUUUUCUUUAAAACAUAAGAUAAAGUGUCUUAUAUAUUUUUCCUAAACUUCCUUUUCCUCAGCAUCUUCAUCUUUUCUCCCUAUCUGAUCUAGUUUUCUUUAAAACAUAGGAUAAAGUGUCUUUUGUAUUUUUCCUACGCUUGAUCAUCAUCAUCUUUGACCAAAGGAGGGGUUUAGGUCAGCUCCAGUUGUUUAAUUGGAAGUGCCUCUAGCGGCUCAGUGACACCCCCAAAACGCAUUUAAACUCUGCCAUGAAAACAUAGCCAUUCUGCAGAACACACAGCUGUAGGUUUAAAACUGUGGAGGCACCUAGACCGCUUCCUUGGAAUGAAGUGGUAUGGGUGCUUAUAGUGUCCCUUUAAAUCCUAUUG